AUGCUUCCUGGACCGGAGCUAACGUUACUGCUCUGGAUCUUCAGUCGCAUCAGCAGCCUCAGCGCAGCAUCUUCAGCAACCCGUAAGUAGGCUAUUAACACACACUGUAGCCUAUAUGGCAUGCGCUUAGCUACGUUGCUUUGUGCUCUUCUUGUUCAGGACCAGGGCAUUGCAGACUAAGUGUUAUGCGUCAAAGUGUUUACCACUUCGGCAUCAGACCUGCUUAAAACACAUGGCAGUAGAAUAAUUACCGGUGUUUUCAGUAACAGAGAAACGUAUGUUAUUGUAUUUAUUAAGGGGGGUGAGGCUAUUCAGUUUAUAAGCUACCUAUGACCUGCCUCCUUGUUUCGCUCAUAGCCUAGAUCCUAGAUGAUGCUGAAUGGCAGGCUACAGUAGGCUGUAGGCUACGUUUGGUCGGUGUCAAAAUUAUUUCUCCUUGAUAGAUGUUUCUGAAGUUUUGUUUCUGUACAGUGCGGUUCGUAUUACAACGCACUGCAAGAUUGUUUCUUUUUUUAAAUGAAGCCAAAUUUGAGUCUCCAAAAAGUUUAAUUAAAAAUGCAAUUAUAACAGGCUAGAUUAGGACACCUACUGUGUUCUUAUAUGAUUGAUGAGUGUAAAUGAAUAAGCUUGAAUGCACAAAAACAUCAAUAGGCUAUGAUUGAUAUGAUCAUCAUACAUGUUUUAGGAAGUAGUCUACCAUUGUUUUCAUGCUUUACUCUUUAUGCUACCCUGUACAACACAGGACUGAAACAGAUAUAGUGAUGGCUGGAAGAGAGUACUGGUCCCAUGUGACAGGCACUUUAGAUGCCCCUGUUAAACAUUAAGACCUAUUGACCUACAAGCAAAGUAAUUAUUUAAUAUAUACACUACCGGUCAUUCAAGGGUUUUUCUUUAUUUUUACUAUUUUCUACGUUGUAGAAUAAUAGUGAAGACAUAAAAAUUAUGAAAUAACACAUAUGAAAUCAUGUAGUAACCAAAAAAAAGUGUUAAACAAAUCAAAAUAUAUUUUAUAUUUGAGAUUCUUCAAAUAGCCACUCUUUGCCUUGAUGUGCAAAGCUGUCAUCAAAGCAAAGGGUGGCUAAUUGAAGAAUCUCAAAUAUAAACUAUAUUUUGAUUUGUUUAACACUUUUUUGGUUACUACAUGAUUCCAUAUGUGUUAUUUAAUAGUUUUGAUGUCUUCACUAUUAUUCUACAAUGUAGGAAAUAGUGAAAAAUAAAGAAAAACCCUUGAAUGAGUAGGUGUACUAAAACUUUUGACCGGUAGUGUAUAUAUAUAUAUACAGUGCCUUGCAAAAGUAUUCAUCCCCCUUGGCGUUUUUCCUAUUUUGUUACAUUACAACCUGUAAUUUAAAUAUAUUUUUAUUUGGAUUUCAUGUAAUGGACAUACACAAAUAGUCCAAAUUGGUGAAGUGAAAUAAAAAAAAUAACUUGUUUAAAAAAAUUCUAAAAAAUAAAUAACGGGAAAGUGGUGCGUGCAUAUGUAUUCACCCCCUUUGCUAUGAAGCCCCUAAAAAAGAUCUGGUGCAACCAAUUACCUUCAGAAGUCACAUAAUUAGUUAAAUAAAGUCCACCUGUGUGCAAUCUAAGUGUCACAUGAUCUGUCACAUGAUCUCAGUAUAUAUACACUGUCCUGAAAGGCCCCAGAGUCUGCAACACCACUAAGCAAGGGGCACCACCAAGCAAACGGCACCAUGAAGACCAAGGAGCUCUCCAAACAGGUCAGGGACAAAGUUGUGGAGAAGUACAGAUCAGGGUUGGGUGAUAAAAAAAUAUCAGAAACUUUGAACAUCCCACAGAGCACCAUUAAAUCCAUUAUAAAAAAAUUGAAAGAAUAUGGCACCACAACAAACCUGCCAAGAGAGGGCCGCCCACCAAAACUCACGGACCAGGCAAGGAGGGCAUUCAUCAGAGAGGCAACAGAGAGACCAAAGAUAACCCUGAAGGAGCUGCAAAGCUCCACAGCAGAGAUUGGAGUAUCUGUCCAUAGGACCACUUUAAGCCGUACACUCCACAGAGCUGGGCUUUACGGAAGAGUGGCCAGAAAAAAGCCAUUGCUUAAAGAAAAAAAUAAGCAAACACAUUUGGUGUUCGCCAAAAGGCAUGUGGGAGACUCCCCAAACAUAUGGAAGAAGGUACUCUGGUCAGAUGAGACUAAAAUUGAGCUUUUUGGCCAUCAAGGAAAAUGCUAUGUCUGGCGCAAACCCAACACCUCUCAUCACCCCGAGAACACCAUCCCCACAGUGAAGCAUGGUGGUGGCAGCAUCAUGCUGUGGGGAUGUUUUUCAUCGGCAGGGACUGGGAAACUGGUCAGAAUUGAAGGAAUGAUUGAUGGCGCUAAAUACAGGGAAAUUCUUGAGGGAAACCUGUUUCAGUCUUCCAGAGAUUUGAGACAGGGACGGAGGUUCACCUUCCAGCAGGACAAUGACCCUAAGCAUACUGCUAAAGCAACACUCAAGUGGUUUAAGAGAAACAUUUAAAUGUCUUGGAAUGGCCUAGUCAAAGCCCAGACCUCAAUCCAAUUGAGAAUCUGUGGUAUGACUUAAAGAUUGCUGUACACCAGCGGAACCCAUCCAACUUGAAGGAGCUGGAGCAGUUUUGCCUUGAAGAAUGGGCAAAAAUCCCAGUGGCUAGAUGUGCCAAGCUUAUAGAGACAUACCUCAAGAUACUUGCAGCUGUAAUUGCUGCAAAAGGUGGCGCUACAAAGUAUUGACUUUGGGGGGGGGGGGGGUGGGUGAAUAGUUAUGCACGCUCAAGUUUUCUGUUUUUUUGUCUUAUUUCUUGUUUGUUUCACAAGAAAAAAUAUUCUGUGUCUUCAAAUGAUACAAAUCCAUUUUAAUUCCAGGUUGUAAGGCAACAAAAUAGGAAAAAGGGUGGUGAAUACUUUCGCAAGCCACUGUGUAUAUAUAUAUAUAUAUAUAUAUAUAUAUAUAUAUAUAUAUAUAUAUAUAUAUAUAUAUAUAUAUAUAUAUAUAUAUAUAUAUAUAUAUAUAUAUUGUGUGUGUAAGUAUCAUUCACGUGUACAUGUACGCGUGCAACAGAGACAUUGCGAUGCCCUGAAAUGCCGUGAGAUGAGUCCCAGGGCAGCAGUAAAUAAACAACCAACUGAAAUAAAACAAAAAAAUUGAUAAUUCACCCAUUAUCAGGACUGUUUGGAAUUACAUUUGGCUAUUCGACUAUUUUUAACAGACAAUACAUAGUGGCAAACUAUCUGAUAAUUGUAAGUGACUAAUGGAACAUUUAGAAAAACAUUGACUAUGCCCAGACUCAGUGAGCACAGCCUGACCAAUGACCAUUGUGACUGGCCUUCACAGGCAGACCUGACUGCAAGCUGUGCUCACUGAGGAAGAGAGACGUACUAACACACUCAUACUAACACUGUGGGGAAACUAUUCCAUAUGAGGUUCGAAGAGUGAGAGAUACAGGGGGAGAGAGAGGCAGAAGGAGAGUUUGUGCUUUUGUGUCGGAGGUGUUUGUAUCUAACAUAUCUACUGAACACAUUAUUGAAUUGCUUUCCUCCAGCCUGCACAGACCUUUCACUACUUGUAUGAGUGGAGAGGCAGAGAUUUAGAUUCAGGUUUAAUGGGGGUUUGAUUUCAGCUUUCUGAAUGUCUCAGAUCAGAUUAAGCUGUAAACCUCCUGGUUACCUUAUCUACAUAUGUAUACUGAGUGUGUUAGACUAGAUCAACAAUGAAAGCCAAAUGGUGAACUUCUAUGGAAAUAUUACUGGAUUUCUAUUGUAGCUGUUUUCCUGACCGAUUUUCAAGUUAUGGAAGUGACUUACCUGGUUAAAUAAAGGUUAGUAAGUUAACAUGGUACGACCAGAUUAGUGCUUUUGAUAAUGCCUUGUGUCAAUGACAAGGGAAGCCAGGGGCCCAUCAGCCUUGACUUCUGUUGAUGUCUCUGUGUUGACCUUUGGGAUCUAUAGUUACCUCUGGGACAUAAAGACAGACUCAUUGUGGUCAGGUGGCCUCGUGCCACAUUUGUGUCUCAAGGAUUUUAUACAGAAAGAUUCCCUUUAAAAAAGUGUAAAAGUUAUUGAUCAAUAUAACGGGCGAUAUAUAGUAUAAAGAUUUUAAAGAUCACGUGUGAAAUUAAAGCUUACAAUGAAUCACGUAAUUCAUGAGACUCAAUAGACUUUCCCUGGCUAAAGGAUUUAGAUAAAUCAAACUCUGAGUAAUACAAUUUGGCCCACUAAAAGGAAAUACAUUUGAAAAAUGAACCCAGUCAACCCUCACUAAAGUAGCUCAGAGACCUGCAUGGAGAAGCCAUAGGGAAUAGACCAAAAACAAAUCAGGUCUCUCUGUAGUUCACCAAACUAACUAUAAAAACAGACUCAUCAUGCACAUUUGGAGCAUAAUGCACUGUAAUAUACACAUUUGGCACAAUAGAAAGAUAACUAUUACUGUGUGUGAAAGAGAGACUACUCCUUACAAAUGCUGUAUGGAUUUUUAACUGUGCUCUGGUGACUCUAAAGAACAACAUGUUUCCAAUAAUAUUGAACUGAAGCCGUUGCCUGGGUCAUGUAAGUAGGGAAAUAAUGAUUGCGUUUCCAGAUAAUAAUCUUGCUGCAUAUCCCCCUGUUUGAGAAUGAACCUCUAGAUUGGUGUUUUUUUGUUAGGUAAAUGAGAAAGCUCAUUAAGAUUCUGGACACCUGCCAUCCUGACUUGUCAAACCAUGUGCGCCCUUACCGUGACCCUCCCCCUAUUCUACAGGCUCCUCCUUUUGUCCACUUCUGAUGGACACCUCCAGAACAAAGACCUGCCCAAAAUCAGACCCCAAAAUAUAAAAACACAACCAACCACACCAUAUCACUGAUAAAAUGUUGGGCUGUUUUUUUGCCACGGUCACUGGUGUUGCACAUAUGGUGACAGCUUGGCCUCUAUACAUGCGUAUCUGAAGAGAUUACGCAUUUAUCCCAUUGUUGUUUGCAGUUGAAUUGGGAUGUGAGGCGAAAAUAGUAGGAAACACACUCCCAGUCACAAUGUCUUGCCAUGGCUGAUUGCCGGUCAUAACUCUCUGCGCGUGAUUGUGAGGGGAAUCAUUGGGGUUUCUGAGUCCCAGAAAGAGCGGAUUAAAAAGGAAACACUUGUGCACUCGCUUUCAGGCAGCAGACCUCCCCCGUGGAUCACUAGCUUUUGUGAGCGUCGCAGGCAGAUGUUGUGUUCAGUCUGAUUGGGUCGAACAAAGAGAGGGAGCUGAGGAGGGAGCCAUUCAAAGUCUAGCUCAGUCAUUACCACUUGAAUGGGGCUGUGGGUUUGAGAGGCAUAAUUGACAGCGUUCACAACAAAAGUAAUCACCUGUAUUGACUCACAACAUUUGGAGUGUCAGUCAGUCCGACUCUCAAGAUUACUCCUAACACUGGAAUCGGAGAUUAAAAUCAUGUAGCUUUCUAACAACGUCAUAAUUUUAGGAGGUUACAUUUUUGUUUACCACAAAUUCUUCAGGGGCUUAACUUAAAGCCUUCUCCUCCUGUGAAUGGAGUAAUCCAAAAACAUCGCCUUAUAUGAAAUCCAUUAUUAAAUAUAGCAUACACGAGACAUGCACAAUGAUGUAGUCCCAUAUUGUAUUUUGAGCUUCGUUCUGUAUUAAACAUGAUCCUAUUCUAUGUGGGGAUAGUUGAGUGUGUUUGAGUUUGGCCCCAUUGCCUCUAAAUUAAGGAGGUCCGUAUGGGACUAACCCUGUCUCUGACACAGAUCUUCAGCCACAAAACUCUGUUAAAAGCAUCUGCUCUGGUUUACUGUUAAAGAACCUGUCUCAUUAAUUAAUCCUUGUCCCCUUUUUAUUGCACAUUUAAACCAAAUGUUUUUCAUACAUGUAGCAGCAGUAUGGUGGUAUAAUGUAUAAUUGUUAAAUGAUGCAUACAGAUAAUUAUACGAGAAGAUGGCGUUAAGAGUUCACAUCUAGGAUGGGAUGGGCAAAACAUUUGUCUUUUUAAACAAACCAUUUUCAUUGAGCUUGCAAGACAUAUCCCUGAGGAGACUUGACUGUACUGUAACUCUCAGAUGCAAUAACAAGCAUUCUGUGAUUUAAGAUACUUAAUACAGUCGUGGUCAAAAGUUUUGAGAAUGACACAAAUAUAAAUUUUCACAAAGUCUGCUGCCUCAGUUUUUAUGAUGGCAAUUUGCAUAUACUCCAGAAUAUUAUGAAGAGUGAUCAGAUCAAUUGCAAUUAAUUGCAAAGUCUCUCUUUGCCAUGAAAAUGAACUUAAUCCCCCAAAAACAUUUCCACUGCAUUUCAGCCCUGCCACAUAAGGACUAGCUGAUAUCAUGUCAGUGAUUCUCUUGUUAACACAGGUGAGAGUGUUGACGAGGACAAGGCUGGAGAUCACUCUGUCAUGCUGAUUGAGUUAGAAUAACAGACUGGAAGCUUUAAAAGGAGGGUGGUGCUUGAAAUCAUUGUUCUUCCUCUGUUAACCAUGGUUACCUGCAAGGAAACACGUGCCGUCAUCAUUGCUUUGCACAAAAAGGGCUUCACAGGCAAGGAUAUUGCUGCUAAUAAGAUUGCACUUAAAUCAACCAUUUAUCGGAUCAUCAAGAACUUCAAGGAGAGAUGUUCAAUUGUUGUGAAGAAGGCUUCAGGGCACCCAAGAAAGUCCAGCAAGCGCCAGGACCAUCUCCUAAAGUUGAUUCAGUUGCGGAAUCGGGGCACCACCAGUGCAGAGCUUGCUCAGGAAUGGCAGCAGACAGGUGUGAGUGCAUCUACACACACAGUGAGGCGAAGACUUUUGGAGGAUGGCCUGGUGUCAAGAAGGGCAGCGAGGAAGCCACUUCUCUCCAGGAAAAACAUCAGGGACAGACUGAUAUUCUGCAAAAGGUACAGGGAUUGGACUGCUGAGGACUGGGGUGAAGUCAUUUUCUCUGAAGAAUCCCCUUUCCGAUUGUUUGGGGCAUCUGGAAAACACCUUGUCCGGAGAAGACAAAGUGAGCGCUACCAUCAGUCCUGUGUCAUGCCAACAGUAAAGCAUCCUGAGACCAUUCAUGUGUGGGGUUGCUUCUCAGCCAAGGGAGUGGGCUCACACAAUUUUGCCUAAGAACACAGCCAUGAAUAAAGAAUGGUACCAACACAUCCUCCGAGAGCAACUUCUCCCAACCAUCCAAGAACAGUUUGGUGUCAUACAAUGCCUUUUCCAGCAUGAUGGAGCACCUUGCCAUAAGGCAAAAGUGAUAACUAAGUGGCUCGGGGAACAAAACAUCAACAUUUUGGGUCCAUGGCCAGGAAACUCCCCAGACCUUAAUCCCAUUGAGAACUUGUGGUCAAUCUUCAAGACAAAAACCCACACAUUUUGACAAACUCUAUGCAUUGAUUAUGCAUGAAUGGGCUGCCAUCAGUCAGGAUGUGGCCCAGAAGUUAAUUGACAGCAUGCCAGGGCGGAUUGCAGAGGUCUUGAAAAAGAAGGGUCAACACUGCAAAUAUUGACUCUUUGCAUAAACUUAAUGUAAUUGUCAAAAAAAGCCUUUGACACUUAUGGAAUGCUUGUAAUUAUACUUCAGUAUACCGUAGUAACAUCUGACAAAAAUAUCUAAAAACACUGAAGUAGCAAACUUUGUGAAGACCAAUACUUGUGUCAUUCUCAAAACUUUUGACCACGACAGUACAUAAAAAGAUGACUACUUAGUGUGAACCUUGUCAUAUUCCUCUAUUCAAAUUAGCUUUUUGAUUAACCUUUCCUCGUAUUCAUUCAGACUCAUAUUCACUGAUAUCAUAUCUCCCCCGGCAUUACGUUCGAGGAGGAGUUCAUAUUAGGUUUAGACCCACCCACCCAAUUUAUGUCUGCGAUUAUAACAUAAUUAUUUCCCUGGUUAUUCCAGUUCUUGGAUGGCAUCUAUUAUUGAUCAAUGUCACAUCUUUCUCUGGCAGAAUAGCAUAUGUAAUGACCUGUGAUUUGGAUGAAGAGUUUCCCUCAUCAACUUAUCGUAAGGAUGCCACACCAAAGACUGUAGGCAGGGAUAAAUAACUAUAUAGCAGCAGUUAACAAAUACAGAUCUAACAAAUGCAUUACCACAACAACAACAAAAAAGUCCUGUGUCUGAAUUGGCAAUGAUCAAGUGCUGUUUGUGCAUCUAGCAAUGUGGUGGUAAGAGCCAGCUUCUCGAGAGUUAUUUAAACACUCAAAAAGCCUCAAAUAUCCAUUUGCUAUGAAGGACAGGAGGAGGUGGAGAGAGCGUGUUUAAUUUUAUGCUUGGCUGCUCUCUCCGCAAAUCUCACAGGGAAGGCUUCUAAGAGCUUGUUGCUUUUGUUAAUACUAAUCUAAAGGCAAGGAAAUGUAAAUAAACGUCAAUUUGACUGACAUGUAAAACAUGUAAUUUGAAGCAGAAUUGCUUCUCUGUGAAUAAGAAUUAGUCAAAUUCUGAUUUGCUACCACAUCACACAAUUUUUCUCCCUGUUCUCUGAUGUUUUAAUGUGUUCUACAGUACAGUUCAACAUUCAAACAUCACUCUAUCAAACUUCCCAGCGGAAUAAAUGAUUUAGCUUCUUUAAUUUUCCGCUCAGAGGGAUAAGACUUGGUGCUCAAUGAGUAGUGGGCAAUUCAUUGUCACAGCAGAAUGAAAGUACAGUAAUGGUCCGAAUGAGAAUAAUUAUUCUUAGAGCUUCAUUUGCUGAUAGAGUGAAGUAAAACUGUUCCGACUAACACUUUAUUUUUCUACUUUUAGAUUAAUCCUGUGAGCAAGUGUCCUUGCGACACUGAUACAAAAUGUCCUUGGCUUUUCAGGGACCUACUGUUUAGUAUUGUCGGCACGUGUGGUGUCAUAGAGCCAUUCACUUAUUAGUGUUGAAAAAAUAACAGGUGAAGAGAAGGACAGCCUAUAGACAGCAAAUUUCCAAAUUCUUCCCAUUUGAGUGUUCCUCUCUCUCUCUCUCUCUCUCUCUCUCUCUCUCUCUCUCUCUCUCUCUCUCUCUCUCUCUCUCUCUCUCACCCCUCUCUCUCUCUUCCUGGAACACAAUCAAUAUUAAAUAGCUACAUAGUUCGACUCAGGAAAAUAUUCAAACAAGGUCAAUACAUACAGCACAUACUCAAUGUAUAGCUCGUAGUUCCACAUCAUUAAACACUAACAUUGAAGGUGACAAAACAUGCCAUUCCAUUAGUUUAAGCUCCGGUCAUGCUCCAAUAACAGCUAGGCUUCAGCCAAGGCUCAGACUGUGCUAAUAAGGCCCAGAAAGCCAGAAGCUCCACAGUGGCAGAUUGAUUCUAACCCAUUACUUAUGUGUCCCGGUGUGAGGCCAGCGAGCAGACUGAUUAACAUGCCACACUUAUCAGUAUAGUAGCGACUCUGCCAUCGGGCUCCCGAGUGGCGCAGUGGUCUAAGGCACUGCAUCUCAGUGCUUGAGACGUCACUACAGACCCCCUGGUUCGAUUCCAGGCUGUAUCACAACCGGCCGUGAUUGGGAGUCCCAUAGGGCGCCGCACAAUUGGCCCAGCGUCGUCCGGGUUUGGCCGGUGUAGACCGUCAUUGUAAAUAAGAAUUUGUUCUUAACUGACUUGCCUAGUUAAAUAAAGGUUAAAAAAAAAAAAAAAAUUGUGUCACUGACCUUAGCGCAGCAAAUUAAAGGAGCAUGGUGGACCCAAUUCAUUAGCCUAUCCCCAUCAACAUUGUGUUGCCUAUUUAGGAGGCUUCCGGUUCUAAAUUGCUUUAUAAAAUGAAAAAAUUACAUGUCUGACUAUAGGCCUCAGGCCUAACUUGAUGACAGCUAGUAGGCGUGUGGCGGUAGUCACAAGUAACCACAUUACCACUGCUCAAUGAGGUAGCGCUUUUCCACCCACUAACGUUCUGUGUAAAUAGAUAUGGUAUUGUAUUAUAGUUCCAUGUCAUGUAACUAUAACAAACUGCCUACCGGUAUUCUACACUAAAACACAACUCAGCAGCUAAUGCACUGUUAGACAAGAAAUGAGCAAUUAGGAAAAGGUGGCGAUGUACAGAAUAACCAGCUGCCAUUUUGCAACAUUAGCUCCCCUCUAGACAUUGCGCUCAAUUAAUUUGUUUUCGUGUAACCCCAGUGUUUGUUGAUGUUGUGCUGCGGGAGCCUCAAGGCUGCUGGAAUGAUUGUCACUGCGUUUAAGGAAAAUGUGUACAGCCAGUCUCAGACAUGACAUGAGUGGGUGAUGUUGUAGCUGAUGAUGUCGAAGGUCUUCGUGCUCUUAGUGGAAAUUAGGCUAUCACAGGAGACUGCACUCAGGCGCUAUGGCCAAAUCAAUAAUGUCGGGCUGUCCACAUCUGAGAUGGGGAGAUCUAGGCUCAGCCCACAGCUACAGUAGAUACACAGCAGUGAGAAAUGAGCUGUCAGCUUUUCUAAGCCAUGCCUUUAUGCACUGAGGAAUUCAUCUGGUUCAGUUAAUGUAUGUUUUUAACCAUCUGGGACAAUCUCACUACAAUAAACGAUCAUGAUGCAAGGCUCAACUCGACAAAGGUGUGUGUGUGUGUUUUGAGUUUUAAUGUCACAUGCACAAGUACAGUGAAAUGCCUUUCUUGUAAGCUCUAACCUCAACAAUGCAGUAAUCAAUAACAAUGUAAUACAAGAAAUAACAAGAUAGAACAAAAACACACAAGAUAUAAAAAUAAGAAAGAAGAAUUAAGAAGAACACGAUAAAGUAAGUAAGCAUAUAUACAGGGUCAGUUCCAGAACCAUAUUUACAAUGUGCAAGGAUACUGAAUCGAUAGAGGUAGAUAUGUAUAGGGGUAAGGUUACAAGGCAUGAGUAUAAUGAUAAACAGAGUAGCAGCAGCGUAUAUGAUUUACAUUUACAUUUAAAAUUUUUGUCAUUUAGCAGACGCUCUUAUCCAGAGCGACUUACAGUUAGUGAGUGCAUACAUUAUUUUUUAUUUUUUUCAUACUGGCCCCUCGUGGGAAUCGAACCCACAACCCUGGCGUUGCAAACGCCAUGCUCUUCCAACUGAGCUACAUCCCUGCCGGCUAUUCCCUCCCCUAUCCUGGACGACGCUGGGCCAAUUGUGCGCCGCCCCAUGAUGAUUGUGUGUGAGUGGGUGUGUGUAGAGUCAGAAUAAAUGUAUGCAUAUUAUGUGUGUGAGCAAAUGAUGGAGUGAGUGUUUGUGUGUGGGUUGGAGUAUCAGUGUGCGUAGUGGGUAGGGCCCUGUGAGUGUGCAUAGAGAGUGCAAGAAUAAGAAUAAAAUACAAAGGUCAACUCAUAUAGUCCCUGUAGCCAUUUUGUUAGCUAUUUAGUAAUCUUAUUGCAUGGGGAUAGAAGCUGUUCAGGAGCCUGUUGGUGUCAGACUUGAUGCACCGUUACCUCUUGCUGUGUGGAAGCAGAGAGAACCGUCUAUGGCUUGGGUGGUUGGAGUCUUUAAUGAUUUCCCAGGCCUUCCUUUCAUACCGCCUGAUAUAGAGGUCCUGGAUGGCAGGAAGCUCGGCCCCUGGGAUGUCCGCACCACCCUCUGAAGCACCAUGCGAUCAAGGUCGGUGCUAUUGCCAUACCAAGCAGUGAUGCACAGUCAAGAGGCUCUAAAUGGUACAGCUGUAGAACUUUUUGAGGAUCUGAGCCCCCCCCCCCAUUUUACUGUAGUCCACGAUCAGCUCCUUGGUCUUACUGACGUUGAGGGAGAGGUAGUUGUUCCGGCCCCACACUGCCAGGUCCCUGACCUCCUCCCUGUGAUCAGGCCUACCACACUGUGUAUGAGAGAGAGUGUGAGUGUGAGCACACAGCACAAUAUUUGCACACAGAUGAUGAAUAAAACUCAGUCAACACUCAGCAGAUGACAAAUCUGGUGUGAAGAAGACGUCCUAAUGCCACAGCUACAGUAUCGUGAUUAACGUUCUCCUUGCACUUUAAAGUGCUGCUCUCAAAAAGUUGUUGACAAAAUGUGUCUUGGAAAGUAGUGGGGUAUUUUCUGGCAAUGUUUUUCAACUCCCUUGGGUCCAAAGUUUUCAUACGCAAAGAAUUGUCUGAUUUCUUGGGUCUUAGAAAGUGUUUGUUGUGUUGAUACCUUAUUUUAUGUUGUGAGGCACUACAAUCCCUCUCCACCUGUCAAAAUACAAACAGGAAAUUACUUGUUUGUUCUUUCAUGUUUCCAUCAAAUAGCAAGCAUUCCUUCUUUGUCAGUCAGGGCAGACACAUUGAUAGAGGCAAUUUUCUGUUAAAUGUUCACCGAGGCAAAUAAAGGGACAGUAACAAACAAUCUAUGUCAGCUGUCCAGCAACAUUAUUAAUGCAGGUGAUUCAGUUCCCCACAAUCACAUUGGUCCCAUGUCUACUGGUCAUUUCAUAGUCUGUGAUUGCACAGGGGAAUAUUGACACAAUUCCUGCAUGUUAUUUACCAAGCAGUUGGUUUGUUGUAUAGGGACAGUUCAGGAAUUGUUAUACAGAGGAGUUAUAUAGAAAGUUCUAAUAUAUGAAGUUAGGAGGUAGGAGGUAGCUACAUCAUUAAAGUUAGUGAGGGAGCUGUGUAACCUUUCCUGAAGUCUAUAAAAUGUAUAUGGCUUAUGGCAACAGAUUCAAGAGUGCUAAUUGACUUUUGGAAAUGAUGUUGACCUCCACAGCUCCAUUUAAACAUGAGUGGUGCGUGUUGAUUUGGAGGCCUCUAGUUAAUGAGAUUGUAGAGAGUGUGAAGAGAGCUUUGAAAUGUAGCCCCGAAAACUAACCCUUGACCUCUGUAGCCAAGCAAGAUUGAGUCUUCAGCACAAAUUGUGCUAAGAGUCUGUUGGAGUCUAUGGAAAGUUAUUCAUCAAGAUUGAGUGUGUUUAUCAAUCAUGGUCGUAAGUGUCUACCAGGAACAUAACAGGCUGAAGGUUAGAUGCUAAGCUAUUCAUGUAUUGCUAUUGAUGUGUUCAAUAAUAAUAACCAAAACAGUCAGGAAACCAGACAGAAAUUGGCCUUGCCAUAUUCAAUGGACAGACAUAUUGUACUUAUAUUUAAUGGCCUUUGGCUUCCAAUCAUUACCACCAAGGAAUUGCUAUUGAAAAGGGUGUGAAUGGGAAGAUGUCUCAUGGACGGAUUUGAUCUACCAUGUGAUAGUCUCUCCAAUACAUAUACUGCUCUCUGUCUAUGGUUGAGCAGUAUAUGAAGUAAUGUAAAAUACAAUUAUAAGGAAGAAUAGAAAACUGAAUCAAAUAAAUUGUUAAAACAUGCUGAAGUGUCAUUUUAUGGGACAAUGACUCAUUCUUCCCUUGCCUGAAUCUUGUGUUUUGUGUUGCCCUCCAGGGAAAUGUGAUGAAGCGUUGGCCACACCACUCUCCCACACUGCUUUCACCAGCUCUUCAGUUUACUCCCUUGGAUAUGGGGCUGGAUACGCAAAGCUCAACAGGAGAGGAGGUAUUAACAACUAAAACCCUAAGCUUUUAUUCUGAAUAUUCUGAAUAUGUUUCUUUGGUGAUUAUUUUAAUCCUUGGUCUCAUUCACUUCACUCACAUAUUGUUUACCACAAAAGAGGAGAGGAUACUGAUGUUUCUAUGUGAUAUAGUUUAAUAUUUUUGCGUGUGAAAAAUACAUGCAAAUUAAUUGUUUUGCAAGUAGGUUAUAGUUGGCAAUACAAGGUUAUGGAGCUGGUUUGAUUGUCUCGCUCAACCCUAGGUGCUGGUGGCUGGUCUCCUGUGGACACUGAUCAUUACCAGUGGCUGCAAAUGGACCUGGGAACCAGGAAGCAGGUCACCUCCAUCGCCACACAGGGCAGGUACAGCAGCUCUGAUUGGACAAUGCAAUACAGACUCCUGUACAGUGACACAGGAAGGAACUGGAGACCAUAUCUGCAAGAUGGCAACAUAUGGGUGAGUCAAUGAUUUGAACCAAAGUGAAAUAACAAAGCUUUUAGUUUAAAGAGAGAGUCACACCUAUCCUUUGAAAUUAGUCCAUUAAACAUUCAUGAUGUAUCAAAGAGGUACACUACAUGGCCAAAUGUAUUUGGACACCCCUUCAAAUUAGUGGAUUCGGCUAUUUCAGCCACACCCGCUGCUGACAGGUGAACAAAAUCGAGCACACAGCCAUGCAAUUUCCAUAGUCAAACAUUGGCACUAGAAUGGCCCGUACUGAAGAGCUUAGUGACUUUCAACGUGGCACCGUCAUAGGAUACCACCUUUCCAACAAGUCAGUUCGUAAAAUGUCUGCCCUGCUAGAGCUGCCCCCGUCAACUGUAAGUGCUGUUAUUGUGAAGUGGAAACGUCUAGGAGCAACAACGGCUCAGCCGCGAAGUGGUAAGCCACACAAGCUCACAGAACGGGACCACCGAGUGCUGAAGUGCGUAGCGCGUAAAAAUAAUCUGUCCUCGGUUGCAGCACUCACUACCGAGUUCCAAACUGCCUCUGGAAGUAACGUCAGCACAAGAACUGUUCGUCGGGAGCUUCAUGAAAUGAGUUUCCAUUGCUGAGCAGCCGCACACAAGCCUAAGAUCACCAUGCGCAAUGCCAAGCCUCGGCUUGAGUGGUGUAAAGCCUGCCGCCAUUGGUAUCUUGAGCAGUGGAAACGUGUACUCUGGAGUGAUGAAUCACACUUCACCAUCUGGCAGUCCGACGGACGAAUCUGGGUUUGGCGGAUGCCAGGAGAACGCUACCUGCUCCAAUGCAUAGUGCCAACUGUAAAGUUUGGUGGAGGAGGAAUAAUGGUCUGGGGCUGUUUUUAAUGGUUCGGGCUAGGCCCCUUAGUCCCAGUGAAGGGAAAACUUAACGCUAUAGCAUACUGACAUUCUAGACGAUUCUGUGCUUUCAACUUUGUGGCAACAGUUUGGGGAAGGCCCUUUCCUGUUUCAGCAUGACAAUGCCCCCGUGCACAAAGCGAGGCCCAUACAGAAAUGGUUUGUCGAGAUCGGUGUGGAAGAACUUGACUGGCCUGCAUAGAGCCCUGACCUCAACCCCAUCGAACACCUUUGGGGAUGAAUUGGAACGCGGAGUGCGCCCAACAUCAGUGCCCGACCUCACUAAUGCUCUUGUAGCUGAAUGGAAGCAAGUCCACAUACUUUUGGCCAUGUAGUGUACCUACUCAUUCAAAAAUGAUAAGUUAGGCUUCAGGAUAUGGAACCUAAAUAUUCUGUUUCUGUUUGCUUGCCCAGGCAUUUUCAGGCAACUCCAACAGUGAAAGUGUGGUCCGCCAUGAUCUGCAGCAUGCAAUCAUAACGCGCUAUGUCCGCAUCAUCCCACUGGAGUGGAGCGAGGAGGGGAGGAUCGGCCUACGAGUGGAAGUCUAUGGCUGUUCUUACUGUGAGUGAACAGCAGACAUCCAUGUGCACUCUCAUGCUACUGUAUUAGUUUAUUGCAAUCCUUUAUUAACCAGAAAAACGGAACAUGGAAUCUCUGAACAGGGAAUCUCUUUGAAAAGUUACUUUAUUGCGUGCAGUUCGGAUCAUUUCUGUAUGAAGAAAAUAUUAGAAUAAUCAGGUGUUGGCCAAAAUGGGCUUAAUUAAUAUGUAAGACUGAAGGUCUUGCUCAGCGUAUUAAUAUGCUCAGUAAAUUAGAUUAAUUGAGUUGAAAUAAUUAGAUUACUGAUCUCCAUGCCAACAACCGAAUUCACAGCUACAGGUUUUUGAUAGAGUAGGAGAUAGAGAACAGCUGUUUACCUUGGCUGGUUUCUGUUGUUACCUUGUACCACAAAAAAAACAAGCUUGACUGAUCAAUUCCCUCCUUCAAAGCUUGCGCCUGCCACGCUUUAAAUUGUCACCUGCCACACCACCCUUUGCUGUAUCCAUCCCAGGCUGUAUUACAGACUGUUGAAACUAAUAGACAGGAAAAAUGUACCGUGAUAAACUUGUUUGUCCUAGUCCUUGACCAGUCCAGUUCCCUGUGGCCACUUGUCCUUACUGCAAAUACUCCAUCCAUGCCUGUAAGAUUGAACAGCAAAUAGAUGUAACCGAGCAGGGCCCUCUCCUGCCACCUCGCCGAUAGGGCUGGCUUACAGGACUGUCAGUGUUCUGAGCCCCCUGACCGGUUAAAUCAGGGUAAAGAGAUGAAAGCACCUUUGAAAGGAGUGAGUUGCCGCAGGGUGAUAUCACAAUGCCGAUAUGCUGCUGUCUAGGCACGUAAACUGGCACAUCUCAACAGACAGAAUAGUCUUUGCAGCCAGAGUUAUAUGUCUUAAAGCCUUUGAGUAAUUUCUCACUCAGUUGUUCUGUUCCUCCAAUUAUAAAAAGAGAAAUCCGUAUAAGCUGCCUUACCUUUUUUACAUUGCUUGCGAUUGCAGUAGGUGAUCUCAAAAGGACUUUUCUUCUUCUCAUUAACACCCCUCUAACACAUCAUGUGAAAAGCCUUGACACAGGACAGUAGAGGUACAGUCAUUUAGGGGAUAUUAAGCUCUGUAUCCUUUAUCACCGUUCGGUGACCUCAGGGGCGGAUGUGAUCAACUUCGAAGGCCAGGGUGUGAUCUCCUACCGCUUCAAGAUGAAGAAGAUGAAGAUCUUGAAGGACGUCAUCUCCCUGAAGUUUAAGACCACAGCCAGUAACGGUGUGCUCCUGCACGGGGAGGGACAGCAGGGAGACUAUAUCAGCCUGGAGCUGAAGAGAUCCAAACUACUGCUCAUGAUCAACCUGGGUAAUGGACCAUUUCCGAUCCUGUCAAUGGGAUACCUGUGUGCAUCCAAAAUGGCACCCUAUUCCAUAUUUAGUCCUCUACUUUUACCAAAAGUAGUGCAUGAUAUAAGGAACAGGGUGGUUUUUGGGAUGCACACCUAGUGUACUAUAAUCGCUGAUAAUUUAGCUUCUUAUGGUAGCUACUUAGGUCAGUUGAUGAAACUUGUUAAGAUUCCUGCAUAUUUGCUAAUAUGGCUGGCCCUUAUGCAUUAUGCAUUAUACAUCUUCUAUUUCUAUUUGAUGGAUUUGAAUAUUGGUUGUUGUCAGCAAGAUAAUUAUUCACCACAGUAGCCUUCACAAAUUAGAAUUUAUACUAUUUCUAUCUCACUAUGUCAGACUGUUGUUUAUUGGAAAAUGUUUCCCUUAAGCAUUUUCUUAAUAAAGUCGAUCUGUUUAUGUCUUGUAAACUUCAGGCAGCAAUCAGUACGGCUCCAUCCUCGGGCACACCUCUGUGACAAGCGGAAGUUUAUUGGAUGAUGACCACUGGCACUCCGUAAUUAUCGAGCGUUACCGACGGAAUGUAAACUUUACCCUGGAUCGCCACACACAGCACUUCCGCACCAACGGUGAAUUUGAUCAUCUUGACCUGGACUAUGAGGUAGGCUACAGUUAUGUUGGAUAUUGUCUUAGUGAUUCCUCUCUUCGCAUCCCUCCCUAUCAGGGUUGUGGUCAAUUAAAAUUCCAGUCAAGUCAGGAAGUACACUGAAAUUCCAAUUCUCUUCAAUAUUUUUCAACAAGGAAAAAUCUGGAAUUGGAAUUUGGUUUAUUUCUGAAUUGACUGGAAUUGGAAUGGAAUUGACCCCAACCCUGGUUUAUAUAUAGUUGUAUUGUACUGUAUAUAUUGUCUUAGUUCAUUUCUUCAUCCCUCCCUAUAGAGUUGUAUGUAUUGUCCAUGUUCCUCUCUUCGCAUCCCUCCUUACAGUAUAUAGUUGUAAUAUAUACAGUGGGGUCUGAAAUUAUUGACACCAUUGAUAAAGAUGAGCAAAAUGACUAUAAAAUAAAUACUUCAAAUACUGAGCUAUAUUGUAUGCUCAGAAUGUUUACAUUAUUUUAUACUAAUACAAUUGCUCAGAGAAAGAGAUUUUGUUUAACGAAUAAUACUUUUUUUCACAAAAAGGUAGGGGUCAAAAUGAUUGACACCCCUGUUUUCAAUACCUUUCAAUACCUCACCUUGCGAGGAUAACGAUACUGAGCCCUUUUCUAAAAUGUUUUAUGAGUUGGAGAACACAUCGGGAGGGAUCUUAGACCAUUCCUCCAUAAAGAAUCCUUCCAGAUCCUUGAUAUCUUACGUCUGAGCUUAUGGACUGCCCUCUUCAAUUCAAACCACAGGUUUUCAAUGGAUUUCAAAUCCAGAGGCUGAAUUGGCCAUUGCAAAAUGUAGAUUUUAUGGUCAAUUAACAAUUUAUUUGUGGAUAUUGAUGUGUGCUUGAGGUUAGUGCAUUGCUGAAAGAUCCAUUUGAGGCCAAGUUUCAGCCUCCUGGCAGAGGCAACCAGGUUUUGGGCUAAAAUGUCCUGGUACUAGGUAAAGUUCAUGAUGCUGUUGACCUUAACAAGGGCCCCAGGAUAAUAGUUAUGACUGAAAACACUUUACUUAAUUUAUACUGGAUGUGUUUAAGUACUAUCUAUUCAGAUGUAAUGUAUAUCAAAUAACGAUAUUUUCGCUACGUAACUAUUUUUCGCAAUGUAUGUCAAAUGUGUGUAGAAUGUAUGUGGGGUGGAUGGAAGCAAAAUAGACCCAUAACAUCAAAGAUCCACCACCAUAUUUCACAGUAGAUAUAGGGUUAUUUUCUGCUCAUGCAUUCUAAUUUCGACGCCAAACCCAACACUGGUGUGCAUGGCCAAAGAGCUCUAUUUUCAUGUCAUCCAACAAAUGUAAACACCUGGAGUUUGCUAAACGGCAUUGGCACUUGGAUUGGAACUGGUGCUUUGGUCUGAUGUCAUGAAAAUAGAGCUCUUUGGCCAAAAACCUGGUUGCCUCUGCCAGGCUGAAACUUGGCCGCAAGUGGAUCUUCCAGCAAACAAUAGCCCCAAGCACACAUCAAAAUCCACAAAGAAGUGGUUAAUUGGCCACAAAAUCAACAUUUUGCAAUGGCCAUCUCAGUCUCCGGAAUGGUCUAAGAUCCCUCCCAAUGUGUUCUCCAACUCAUUAAACAUUAUAGAAAAAGGCUCAGUGCCAUUAUCCACGCAAGGUGAGGUAUUGAAAGGCAUUAAAAACAGGGGUUUCAAUAAUUUUUAUCCCUACCAAGUAUUACUUGUUAAACAAAAUAUUUUUCUGAGACUCCCCUGUGAUUACAGAACUUAGCUUUUAGGUUUGUCUGUGUAAUUAUCAGUGUCAUCAGUGGAAAUGACUUUGCCUCCGCAAGGAAGGAGGAGGGAAAAGACACAACACCAUACACUCAUUAUAAAGUGGAGAUUAAUGCAAUCAGGCACAAGCGAAAACCAAUAUAUUCCCUGAAGGGAUGUAUGCUGCUGUAUUGAUUUGAUUCAAGCGACAAAUGGCUCUGAGAUGUGGCUCCUGCUGCUGAGCCUCUUCAACUAAAACUUGACCCCUUUUCCUCUUCUCCUUCUGUGUCCUCCAGAUCAGCUUUGGAGGCAUGCCUGUCUCUGCCAAGCCCAGCUCGGGAGGCAGGGAGAACUUUGUUGGCUGCAUGGAGGGCAUCACCUACAACGGAGAUAAUAUUACCAACCUGGUCAAGAGGAAGAAAAUUGAUACUUCAAGUUUUGUAAGAACAUUUCUAUGUCAUAUUUUGUAUAUCUGAGUGGCAUCUUUACUACGUGGUUUGUGAUUCACUAGUAUACCUUGAAAACAUAAACGGCAGGAACAGCCAUGUAUUUGUUAUUACCUACCUGGAAAUGCCAGUGACGCAACACCUCACUUCAAUACAAUUCAAUAUAAUUAGCCUUUUUCACUGAGACGCUAAAAAAACAGGCUUUAGUGCAUCUAUAAAUCACACUCUUAGAAAAAAAGGUGUUAUCUAGAACCUAAAAUGGUUCUUUGGCUGACCCCAUAGGAGACCCCUUUGAAGAACCCUUUUGGGUUCCAUGAAGAACCCUUUCCACAGAGGGUUCUACAUGGAACCCAAAGGGGUUCUGCUUGAAACCAAAAAGGAUUAUCCUAUGGGGACAGCCAAACCCUUUUUUCUAAGAGUGCAGAAGUGAAGAAGCUCUUACCUUGUGGCAAUGAUGUCGGAAAACAAAUGAAUUUCUUAGAAGUCAUAUGCUGAAUAAAAUAGUAUUCCAUGCAAUGGGAUUGAACCUAUUGAACCUUAUUGAUUUCACCUUGCACAUGUGCCUCUUAGCUUUCUUUUUCUGUGAGCAAAUGGGUUUACCAAACUGUGGGAUAGCCACUAAGUGACUUGCUGUUGGAUUGCAUGCUUUGCUUUCAGCACAAGUGGAAGGAGAAAGAUCAGCUUUGAUGAGGAGAGCAGACAAAAACGGUUUUAGUCAAGUGCUGUAUGAUGACUGUUUUUCUGUAAUGCAGGCGCUUGCAUUUUCCAAUACAUUAAACCCCAACAUUUACAUCUAAAAAGCACCUUAGGUUUUCUGAUGUAUCUCUUAUGCAAAAUACAGUUGAAGUCGGAAGUUUACAUACACUUAGGUUGUAGUCAUUAAAACUUGUUUUUCAACCACUCCACAAAUUUCUUGUUAACAAACUAUAGUUUUGGCAAGUCGGUAGGACAUCUACUUUGUGCAUGACACAAGUAAUUUUUCCAACAAUUGUUUACUUACAGAUUAUUUCACUUAUAAUUCACUGUAUCACAAUUCCAGUGGGUCAGAAGUUUACAUACACUAAGUUGACUGUGCCUUUAAACAGCUUGAAAAAUUCCAGAAAAUGAUGUCAUGGCUUUAGAAGCUGUACAUCUGUACAAACAAUAGUACGCAACUAUAAACACCAUGGGACCACGCAGCUGUCAUACCGCUCAGGAAGGAGACACGUUCUGUCUCCUAGAGAUGAACGUACUUUGGUGCGAAAAGUGCAAAUCAAUCCCAGAACAACAGCAAAGGACCUUGUGAAGAUGCUGGAGGAAACAGGUACAAAAAUCUAUAUCCACAGUCCUAUAUCGACAUAACCUGAAAGGCCGCUCAGCAAGGAAGAAGCCACUGCUCCAAAACCGCCAUAAAAAAGCCAGACUACGGUUUGCAACUGCACAUGGGGACAACGAUCAUACUUUUUGGAGAAAUGUCCUCUGGUCUGAUGAAACAAAAGUCAGUCAGGAAGGUAAAGCUUUAUUCGCAAAUGGGUCUUUAAAAUGGACAAUGACCCCAAGCAUACUUCCAAAGUUGAGGCAAAAUGGCUUAAGGACAACAAAGUCAAGGUAUUGGAGUGGCCAUCACACAUUUGUGGGCAUAACUGAAAAAGCAUGUGCGAGAAAGGAGGCCUACAAACCUGACUCAGUUACACCAGCUCUGUCAGGAGGAAUGGGCCAAAAUUCACCCAACCUAUUGUGGGAAGCUUGUGGAAGGCUACCCGAAAUGUUUGACCCAAGUUAAACAAUUUAAAGGCAAUGCUACCAACUACUAAUUUAGUGUAUGUAAACUUCUGACCCACUGGGAAUGUAAUGAAAUAAAUAAAAGCUGAAAUAAAUAAUUCUCUCUACUAUUAUGACAUUUCACAUUCUUAUAAUAAAGUGGUGAUCCUAACUGACCUAAGACAGGGAAUUUCUACUAGGAUUAAAUGUCAGGAAUUGUGAAAAACUGAGUUUAAAUGUAUUUGGCUAAGGUGUAUGUAAACAUCCGACUGUAUAUGCUAAACAAAGGAGGCUGCUGGAAAGAGUUAGGCUGGUGGGAGGAGCUAUAGGAGGACGGGCUCAUUGUAAUGGCUAGAAUGGAAUAAAUGGCUCAUUACAAUGAGCCCGUCCUCCUAUAGCUCCUCCCACCAGCCUCCACUGAUGCUAACUAUGUUUAUAUGGUUGUGCUAAUGUCUUGAGCUGAAAUCAAGAGGGAGAAGCUGCCUUAACUUGUAUAACUGUUUGGUGUCAUACUUUCAAUCCCCCUUACAGAGGAACCUGACGUUCUCCUGCAGCGAGACGCACUCCUUCCCCGUGUUCUUCAAUGCCACCAGCUUCCUGCGUCUCCCGGGGCUGCAGGAGAGCGACACCCUGUCGGUCAGCCUGUCCUUCCGGACGUGGAACCCCAGCGGCCUGCUCUUCUACACGGCCCUGGCUGACGGCGUGGUGGAGGUGGGCCUCACCGAGGGAAAAGUCACCGUCUACAUCAACGUCACCCAGAAGAAGAACACGCGUAUAGACAUCUCCUCAGGUAUGGUCUAGUUAGUACGACCAUGCUGGCUAAUGCACUAAAGUAGACGUGUUCAUUUAGCCCGAAGACCCUCCCCUCCCUUCAUUAAUUAAUUAUCUCUAUCGAUUUGGUUAGGCCCUCCCCAUGAGGGUCUUCCGUAGCUGAAUCUCUGUCUUUUAGGCCCUGUGUUCUCAGUCUUUCUCUGAAUUUCUUGUUGUUUUUCUGAUGUUUCAGUAAUUGCAGUUGUCUGCUCAUCACCCACCUUGACUGAUUCAUGAAGCCAUAUUGUUCUGUCUGUGGUCACUGCUCAGGUUCGGGGCUCAACGACGGCCAGUGGCACAACGUCUACCUCCAUGCUCUGGAGAACUACGCCAUGCUGACCAUCGAUGGUGAUGAGGCAUCCACUGUCAGAACGGUUAUUCCCAUUCAGAUCAGAACAGGGGGACAAUACUACUUUGGAGGUACUUACAGAGAUGGCUUAUAACAGAGCCAUAUACAGUACAUGUAUCUCUGUACCAAUAUAUGGCUCUGUUCUAUAAUGUAUAAGCCCUUGUAAUGGGCGUUGGUACAUACUUAUUCAUUAUUACAUUUUCCUUAAUUCAGUCUGACAAACACUAUUGUGAUUAGUUGAUUGUACAUGUGUUUUUUUGUGUUUGAAUGCAGGCUUUGUCAGAAAAUCCUAUUUUUGUUACUUUUGAUUGGUUGCCUUUUUGUUGUCUUUGUGUUUUGUUUGCCUUUUAAGUACUGUAGUUGCCUUUAAGAGGGUGUCUUGAAUAUUGAAUGAAAGCUCCCUAAUGUUUCAAACCAAAACACAACACUCAUAUAAUUAAUAUUGCUUAAUACCUGAACAGUGUCUGUGAACUUUACUUUUCAAACAGAAAGCUCUGUCUUGAUCAUAUGGAUAACUCUGGUACCUUUUUCCUGUUGUCCUCCUGUAGGCUACUUCCUGCGUACCAACACGCCCCCUGCCCAGCGCUCCUUCCAGGGCUGUAUGCAGUUAAUCCACGUGGACGACCAGCUCGCUGACCUGGUGGCUGUAGAGCAAGGCAACAAGGGAACCUUUGAGAAUGUCAGCCUGGAUAUGUGUGCCAUCAUAGACAGGUAAUCUUUUAUACCAUUCCCCAUAGAUCUUGCUUAGCUGACUUAUUCUAACUAGCCUUUUUUCUUUGCUGUUGAUCAUGAAAGUAAAAGUAUAAACGCGUGCUAUAACGUUACCUAAGGGGCUAUCAGCUUCUUGGGCAUACAUUGCACUGUCUAUUCACAAAGGCGGCAUGCAUCCCACCAACUGCACCAUCAUGUGGACCAAGAGGCUUUGUCUCUCAGUGAGAGGUGAGUAUUGGGUAUGAGUACAAAGACCAAGCAGGCGUCUCACACAGGGAAAAUGAAAAUGAAAAUGCCACACGCUGCUGUUCAUGCUCCCAGGUGAUUUUAUUGAUACAUUUCGACACCUUAAGUCUCACACAUGGACACAGCGAGAGGCAGGGAUCAUCGGAUCACACAAGGGUUUGGUAUAGGAUGUCUUAGUGUGCAAUCUCUGUGUUCCUGCUGGUAAAUGCACGUGUACACAAGCACACAGCCACACAGGCGCACAUCCCUAAAGCUAAGCUCAUUAAAACCAUGAAGUGGAAAAUCUUCUGCUCCUCCUGAGAUAUGGAAAUGCAAUUUCACCGAAAGGUUACUCAAAAUAUGGAUAUGCGCUAACAUUCUUAUCCGGAUAAACUAAUUAAAUUCGUUCUCACAGUAUGUGGGUUCACUCCAACACAUGGUUCUGGUUCAUAAAUGGAAUCUUAUCUCUGUUGCUUAUUCUCCGCUAGUGAUUAGGAGUCAAACUGUAGAUCCCAUUAAUCCAACCUUAUGUUCCGGAAUUGUUAACGACACCCUUUGAAAUGUCAGAGUGAGACAUUUUCAAAAAAAGUUAAAGAAAGUCAUGCGAAUUUGUUUUCCUCUUGCAUCCGUUGCAGUGAAACUUUCACGUCUGUGUGUGAAAUUACAAAGACAUGACUUCAAACAACAACCACUGUUUUAUUCCCUGAGACAUCAUUGCUCCUCACUGCACGCGCGAUAGAACAGCAUAGUAUGAAGAAAUAUAUGUAUAUUACGUUGCUGAAAGCUCAUAUCCUACUUUUCAAAAACAAAACAAUAACAAAUGCACCUGGGGCGCUGUUUCGCCUAAUGUGGAUCUCAGCUUUAACAUCAUAAGUCAAAUCAAACUUGAUUAUUAUUCUAGGGAGAUUUGUGUAAUAUGUACGUAUGAUAGAUCCAUUUAUGGCUGAAAACUCUUGAUGGCCAAUACAUUUGACUUAUAAGUAAUUGGUAACGCUAAUCCGAUACACCAGAUUUUCUCUCCCAUUAAAUAGGAAUGUUCCAACAUCUCUGGCCUGUGCAUAUUUAUAGAAUUGUGGUGAUGAUAUCCUCAGUCUAAACAAUGCUACCGGGGGGAAUUCAACUAUCUUCAAUGGGAACUUCAUGUUACAACAGCCCUUUGAUCACACUAGCAGGUUUAAUGCUUUUAACGCUGGGCAUCUGGGGAGACACUGUGACCCGACACAUAGCUGUAGGGGGUCCUGCACUGGAAAUGAACUAAUACAGUGAUAGAGUGAUACACCCUACCAUUCACCACACUGUGGUAUCAAACAUAAAUUAAACAAAGGUCACAAACCCCCUCACAGCUCUGCGGGGUGGCUGAUUACUGUCAGGACACAGAGACACCACAGUGAUAUUUAACCUCCAUUGUCUCACUAAGGUCAACGUAUUUCAAUUAGAUGGCACUUCUUGGUCGUGUGAAUAUGAUUUGAAGAAGUACCAAAUGUAUGCAUCCUCAAAUACAUUAGUUUUUUAGGGUAGAUGAUAUUUGCUGGAUGCACUCUAGGAAAGUUAUUAUCCCUACGAUGUCCUAUCUAUCCUUUGCUGUCCCAUUUGUCAUUUCUACUUUGACAUUUCAGACAUGAUUAUCCCUUACGAAAAAUGUAUCAACCCCUACAAAAAUGUCCAUUAAUUAUAAUCCACAUAAUAAUUCACAUUUCCUGUUGCUGCAUGAUUCUUUUCCUGCUGUAGCAAACUGCCUCAAAUGAAGAUCCUACAUCUGUAGUUUCACAAAGGUCAAAGUACUUCAAUUAUCUUCUGCUUCUUUUUCAUGUGAACUACCCCCCCCCCCCAGAUGUGUCCCUAACCAUUGUGAACAUGGAGGCCGCUGCUCUCAAACCUGGGACAGUUUCAGCUGCUCCUGUAAUGGGACAGGCUACACCGGGGCUACAUGCCAUACCUGUAAGUAUCCUCCCCUUCCUCCUCCUCAGCCUAUCAAGACAUCUUCCUUUUCAUACAGUAUAUGGACAUCUUCAUCUAUGGUCUCUCAUUAUUCAUACCCUCAGAGACCCAUCUGAAACAUCAGUAACAUUUUUGCACAUUCACCUCACUGACAUUAAAGCCACAUGGGGAAACUCCUGGAUUUAUAAUGAUGAAUAAGUAAUUCUGCUGUAAUGUCAGCUCCAUAAUACAUGUGGUUUCCUCUCUCGCGUGUGUAUUCCUCCUCUCCAGCCGUGUAUGAACAGUCCUGUGAGGAAUACAAACAUCUUGGUAAAACAUCUGGCACGUACUGGAUCGACCCUGAUGGGAGUGGUCCCGUAGGCCCCUUCAAAGUCAACUGCAACAUGACUGGUAAGAGUACAGUACCUCCCAAACCUACCGAACAGAAAAUCCACUUUACCAUUACUGCAUCAGAUGAUUUUGUCCCAUCCCAGUGGGGAAAUCUGGUUGAAAUGACAUCAUUAUAAUCAGAUUACAACAAAAUCUGGUGUUAGAUUGUAAUUUGGGGUGGCAGGUAACCUAGACGUUAGAGAGGUGGGCCAGCAACCGGAGGACUGCACUUUUCUGUGGACUGCAAGGAAAAUGGAUCAAUAAAGUAUUGUUCUUCUUCUGGUUGUUAUAACGUCAUGGCAACCAGUUUUGACCACUGGGAUAGCUGACCUACAUUUCAUUCCUCCCCUGUAAGUAUUGGUCACGGCUGACUGGUUCUUGAUGGUGUUGUUGACUGUGUUGCAGAGGACAAGGUGUGGACGACAGUGAGAAACAACCUGUCUCCCCAGACCUCAGUGAGUGGCUCAGACUUGGAGGGGAAGGCUUUGCUGCAGCUCAACUACAACAUGUCCACAGAGCAGGUGACCUUACGACCUUAUUACCCUAUGACAUCAUCACCCAUUGAAUCAUUCAUGAUGGAACCAGCUCAAUGGGAAAGAAACAUGGAUUUUAUGGGCAGGUUUAAUGGACACGGAUUAAGUCUAGUUUUGGACUGAGAACCAUGCUCAAUGGAGAAACUCCAUGGUUACUUUUUGCGUAGAGAAACCAGCCCUAUGUGUAUUUUAAAUGCAUUUUUAUGUUAUUGUCGAUGGCAAUAACUGUAUUUUCACUCAGCUCCACUAAUAUCCUCAAUUACUAAAUGUUAUGCAUUCUGCUUUGCUCAAGCCCUGCUUUCUCUCCCUGUGACAGGUGACAGCCAUCACGAGCAGUGCAGAGUACUGUGAACAGCAUGUAGCCUACGCCUGCCGAAUGUCUCGACUGCUCAAUAACCCAGGUAAAGAGGACAUUGUCUGUUUUUUGGUGUUUGUAUGUGUCUUUUUGUGCUCAUAUGUACAUCUGAGAAAAGGUUGAGGAUCUGUUUCUAAUGGGAAAUACUAAUAUUUCCAACAAAGACACACUGUAAUUUAUGCAUUUGUAGAAAUAAUAUGCCAAAAAUAUGCCGUCUUCUCUUUUCCCUUCCCAGUGUUUGUUUUUGAUGAAUGUCCAUUUAAGUGUUGUCAGAUUGUAUAACAGAUGGUUAUUAGCAUUUGGGCAACAAAUGAAGAAUAUUCUUAUCUAUUUGAUUUGACAAGUGUUUCACAAGAUGUGAAGGCAAGCAGGCGUACAUAAGAUAGCGUCACAGUAGUUGUCAUCCCUUGUCAUUACUCAUAGAAUUGAGCCGAGCACUUAUUGCAGUGGCUCUCUUCCCAUCACAUGGAGAGGAGUCGGAGGAAUAUUAUCUGUGACAACUGGAACUGUUUUAUUCCCUCAAGCCAACUACAGGGAAUAUUAAAACUGAAAUUCCAUGACAGCCACAGAAACCCAAAGGCUCUUCAGUGUCUUCCAACAAUCUAGUGUUGUUUUGUUUGCUGUUUUUUUACCUUGUUUGAUUUUCAUCUCAUCUGGCGAUAUCAAGCAACAGCUGUUCCCCCUGAGGGUCCAUAGAGUUUUGCCAGCAGCAGGGUAGUCCCAGCUCCCAGCCUGUAGAGUAGACGCUGAUUUGUGCAUUCACUCAAAGUAUAUAUGAACAGCAUAACAAGCUUUCAUCAAAUCCUUUGGAUGUGUUAGGAUCUGAGACCAUGGCCUGACUGACUGGAGAUGUUGACAGAUAAAACCCACACAUCAUUAGUGUUCUGGUGAGCUCUGUACACCUCACCUUUAGACAGAUGUUUAGCAUGGUGAAAGGGAGUGUGUUGGUUGGCAGCAUCAGUGAGCUGAAAGAGAUGAGGGGUCAGACAUUCCUGGUCAGAAGACUGCCUGGCCGUACUAUUUCUCCCUCAUUUGGUAGUCUUAUUGUGUUGGCCCCAGUGGUGCCCAUUCAACCAGUAUUGACGAGUAGAAGCCUACUCUACCUCCCAUUAUCCCCCUGCUGGUGUGCCUGUCCCCUCUUACUCAACGGGGGAACGCUUGGCCUCCAGGCCCUCAGCCUGUCUCCCUCUCAUCACCAUAAAGAACCUGAAUUAUUGAUUAUAUAUCCAGGGAAUACACAGCACCGUCCACACUGCUCCCCCCAAUCUCGCUCUACUCUCUCUCUAUCCAGCCCCCUCUCUCCAUCCAACCCCCUUUCUCUGUGUGUGUGUGUCUCUCUGUCUCUCUCCCCCCUCCCUCUCUCUCUCUCCAUAUGCCACUCCAUGUCCCACUCUCCCCUGCAUGUGGGAACCAGUGUGGAACAUACAGUGCCUUGCAAAAGUAUUCAUCCCCUUUGGCGUUUUUCCUAUUUUGUUGCAUUACAACCUGUAAUUUGAAUGUUUUUUUUAUUUGGAUUUCAUGUAAUGGACAUACACAAAAUUAGCCAAAUUGGUGAAGUGAAAUGAAAAAAAUAACUUGUUUCAAAAAAUUCUAAACAAUAAAUAACGGAAUAGUGGUGCGUGCAUAUGUAUUCACCCCCUUUGCUAUGAAGCCCCUAAAUAAGGUCUGGUGCAACCAAUUACCUUCAGAAUUCACAUAAUUAGUUAAAUAAAGUCCACCUGUGUGGAAUCUAAGUGUCACAUGAUCUCAGUAUAUAUACACCUGUUCUGAAAGGCCCCAGAGUCUGCAACACCACUAAGCAAGGGGCACCACCAAGCAAGCAGCACCAUGAAGACCAAGGAGCUCUCCAAACAGGUCAGGGACAAAGUUGUGGAGAAGUACAGAUCAGGGUUGGGUUAUAAAAUAAUAUCAGAAACUUUGAACAUCCCACGGAGCACCAUUAAAUCCAUUAUUAAAAAAUGGAAAGAAUAUGGCACCACAACAAACCUGCCAAGAGAGGGCUGCCCACCAAAACUCACAGACCAGGCAAGGAGGGCAUUAAUCAGAGAGGCAACAAAGAGACCAAAGAUAACCCUGAAGGAGCUGCAAAGCUCCACAGCGGAGAUUGGAGUAUCUGUCCAUAGGACCACUUUAAGCCGUACACUCCACAGAGCUGGGCUUUACGGAAGAGUGGCCAGAAAAAAGCCAUUACUUAAAGAAAAAAAUAAGCAAACAUGUUUGGUGUUCGCAAAAAGGCAUAUGGGAGACUCCCCAAACAUAUGGAAGAAGGUACUCUGGUCAGAUGAGACUAAAAUUGAGCUUUUGGCCAUCAAGGAAAACGCUAUGUCUGGCGCAAACCCAACACCUCUCAUCACCCCAAGAACACCAUCCUCACAGUGAAGCAUGGUGGUGGCAGCAUCAUGCUGUGGGGAUGUUUUUCAUCGGCAGGGACUGGGAAACUGGUCAGAAUUUAAGGAAUGAUGAAUGGCGCUAAAUACAGGGACAUUCUUGAGGGAAACCUGUUUCCAGAGAUUUAAGACUGGGACGGAGGUUCACCUUCCAGCAGGACAAUGACCCUAAGCAUACUGCUAAAGCAACACUCAAGUGGUUUAAGGGGAAACAUUUAAAUGUCUUGGAAUGGCCUAGUCAAAGCCCAGACCUCAAUUUUGCCUUGAAGAAUGGGCAAAAAUCCCAGUGGCUAGAUGUGCCAAGCUAAUAGAGACAUACCCCAAGAUACUUGCAGCUGUAAUUGCUGCAAAAGGUGGCUCUACAAAGUAUUGACUUUGGGGGGGGGGUGAAUAGUUAUGCACGCUCAAGUUUUCAGUUUUUUUUUGUCUUAUUUCUUGUUUGUUUCACAAUAAAAAAUAUUUUGCAUCUUCAAAGUGGUAGGCAUGUUCUUUAAAUCAAAUGAUACAAACCCCCCAAAAAUACAUUUUAAUUCCAGUUUGUAAGGCAACAAAAUAGGAAAAUGCCAAGGGGGGUGAAUACUUCGCAAGCCACUGUAGGUACCUCGCAGGGAACAACCAGUGUAACAGCCUUUGUUCUUUCCCUGGAGCCUCACCACCUCACUAUGUGUCCCCCUGGCUAUUACUGAAACAAUUUGGGGAGAUAUCUAGGAAGGCGUGUGUGAUGAACAGACCACCCCAGUUGCUAGAAACAGCAGUCCCAUUAUCCUUCCAAUAUUAUUUCCCCAUUGAUGUAAACACUGCAUAAAUGUUUCACCGUCCCCUUCAAUAAUGUACUACAAACCUAUUAUUAUUUUUCAUUCAAUUAUUAUUUGUCAUUCACUGGAGGGCAAUUUUUGUCAGGUGCUGCUGAUAAGUAACAAUGACAAGAUGGAAAGUGCCUAAUCGUUUGGCUCUAUUUAAAUAACACUUUCUUGUCUUUUGCAAAUUACUGUAAACAAUGUUUUUGUUUAAAAAAAAUGUUUUCCCACUGCUUAUUGUUAUGGCAGACAUGAUCAUUGUCUGAUUAUUCUGAAAAAUAGGAAAAUAAUUCAGCGCAUAAUUCACAUUGUAAACAGCCAAACACAAGAGUGCUUUUAAAAGUUUAUAGAGAUGAUACAGUAGUCAGUACACAACACAAGGAUGGUGGAGAUGUUGAAGAAGAACAAACACCCUUGGGAGUGUUUGCCUUGAUAAAUGAUCUUGUUUGUCCAUCUAUAGAACAGACAUUUCCACUUGAUGUGAUUCCUCACACCAGUUCUUUUCCCAUUCCCUAGAGCGAGUCAUUUUUUAUUACCUGGAGUGCUGAAUAAGACUAUCUGUCUGUGCUGCUGUUGGUGCGGGGGUGAAACAGGGUGAAUAGCUGAUUAAUAGACCACAUAGCUUCUCUCAAUCAAUAAAAAGUAAAGUGUCAAAUGGAGUGAGGGAAAACGGAUCAUCUGGUAACACUUGUGCUGUACAUAAGGAUCUAUACAUACUCUGGGCUUGUACAUAAGCAUUUUAUGGUGUCUGACGUAUUCAUACAAUAGACCCAUCUCAACUUCAAUGCUAUUUGCCAUGAAAGCUUGACAUCAACAAAGGUAGCAUUGUAUUAUCUGUCUUCUACUGGUAUACAGAUAAUACAAUGCUACCUUUGUUGAUGUCAAGCUUUCAUGGCAAAUAGCAUUAAAGUUGAAACAGCUUAGACUAUGGUAAUUUGUUUAGAUAAUAAUGUAGCAUUUACAUUUACAUUUACAUUUUAGUCAUUUAGCAGACGCUCUUAUCCAGAGCGACUUACAGGAGCAAUUAGGGUUAAGUGCCUUGCUCAAGGGCACAUUAACGUCAUUUAGCAGACGCUCUUAGCCAGAGCGACUCACAAAUUGGUGCGUUCACCCUAUAGCCAGUGGGAUAACCACUUUACAAUUUGGGGGGGGGGGGGGGGGGGGGGGGGGGGGGUUAGAAGGAACACUUUAUCCUAUCCCAGGUAUUCCUUAAAGAGGUGGGGUUUCAAAUGUCUCCGGAAGGUGGUGAGUGACUCCGCUGUCCUGGCGUCGUGAGGGAGCUUGUUCCACCAUUGGGGUGCCAGAGCAGCGAACAGUUUUGACUGGGCUGAGCGGGAGCUAUGCUUCCGCAGAGGAAGCGGAGCCAGCAGGCCAGAGGUGGAUGAACGCAAUGCCCUCGUUUGGGUGUAGGGACUGAUCAGAGCCUGAAGGUACAGAGGUGCCGUUCCCCUCACUGCUCCAUAGGCAAGCACCAUGGUCUUGUAGCGGAUGCGAGCUUCAACUGGAAGCCAGUGGAGUGUGCGGAGGAGGGGGGUGACGUGAGAGAACUUGGGAAGGUUGAACACCAGACGGGCUGCGGCAUUCUGGAUGAGUUGUAGGGGUUUAAUGGCACAGGCAGGGAGGCCAGCCAACAGCGAGUUGCAGUAGUCCAGACGGGAGAUGACAAGUGCCUGGAUUAGGACCUGUGCCGCUUCCUGUGUAAGGCAGGGUCGUACUCUCCGAAUGUUGUAGAGCAUGAACCUGCAGGAGCGGGUCACCGCCUUGAUGUUGGCGGAGAACGACAGGGUGUUGUCCAGGGUCACGCCUAGGCUCUUCGCACUCUGGGAGGAGGACACAGCGGAGUUGUCAACUGUGAUGGCGAGAUCAUGGAACGGGCAGUCCUUCCCCGGGAGGAAGAGCAGCUCCGUCUUGCCAGGGUUCAGCUUGAGGUGGUGAUCCGUCAUCCAUACUGAUAUGUCUGCCAGACAUGCAGAGAUGCGAUUCGCCACCUGGUUAUCAGAAGGGGGAAAGGAGAAGAUUAGUUGUGUAUCGUCAGCGUAGCAAUGAUAGGAAAGGCCAUGUGAGGAUAUGACAGAGCCAAGUGACUUGGUGUAUAGGGAGAAAAGGAGAGGGCCUAGAACUGAGCCCUGGGGGACACCAGUGGUGAGAGCACGUGGUGCGGAGACAGCUUCUCGCCACGCCACUUGGUAGGAGCGACCAGAAAAUGUAGAGAGGAGGGAGUGAAAAGAUGCCAGGUCGGCAGGGAGUUUAGUUUUCUUCCAUUUCCGCUCCGCUGCCCGGAGCUCUGUUCUGUGAGCUCGCAAUGAGUCAUCAAGCCACGGAGCUGGAGGGGAGGACCGAGCCGGCCGGGAGGAUAGGGGACACAGAGAGUCAAAGGAUGCAGAAAGGGAGGAGAGGAGGGUUGAGGAGGCAGAAUCAGGAGAUUGGAGGGAGAAGGAUUGAGCAGAGGGAAGAGAUGAUAGGAUGGAAGAGGAGAGAGUAGUGGGAGAGAGAGAGCGAAGGUUGCGGCGGCGCAUUACCAUCUGUGUAGGGGCAGAGUGAGUAGUGUGGGAGGAGAGCGAGAGAGAAAAGGAAACAAAGUAGUGGUCGGAGACAUGGAGGGGAGUUGCAGUGAGAUUAGUAGAGGAGCAGCAUCUAGUGAAGAUGAGGUCAAGCGUAUUGCCUGCCUUGUGAGUAGGGGGGGACGGUGAGAGGGUGAGGUCAAAAGAGGAGAGGAGUGGAAAGAAGGAGGCAGAGAGAAAUGAGUCAAAUGUGGACAUAGGGAGGUUGAAAUCCCCCAAAACUGUGAGGGGUGAGCCAUCCUCAGGGAAGGAACUUAUCAAGGCGUCAAGCUCAUUGAUGAACUCUCCAAGGGAACCUGGAGGGCGAUAGAUGACAAGGAUAUUAAGCUUAAAUGGGCUAGUGACUGUGACAGCAUGGAAUUCAAAUGAGGAGAUAGACAGAUGGGUUAGGGGAAAAAUUGAGAAUGUCCACUUGGGAGAGAUGAGGAUUCCUGUACCACCACCCCUCUGACCAGAUGCUCUCGGGGUAUGCGAGAACACAUGGUCAGACGAGGAGAGAGCAGUAGGAGUAGCAGUGUUUUCAGUGGUGAUCCAUGUUUCCGUCAGCGCCAGGAAGUCGAGGGACUGGAGGUUGGCAUAGGCUGGGAUGAAGUCAGCUUUGUUGGCAGCAGAACGGCAGUUCCAGAGGCUGCCUGCGACCUGGAACUCCACGUGGGUGGUGCGUGCAGGGACCACCAGGUUAGAGAGGCAGCAGCCACGCGGUGUGGUGCGUUUGUGUAGCCUGUGCAGAGAGGAGAGAACAGGGAUAGGCAGAGGCAUAGUUGACAGGCUGUAGCAAAUGGCUACAAAAAUGCAGAGGAGAUCGGAAUGAAAUGAGCUAAGCAUCUGGGAGCGGAGAGAGCAGGGCCUCCCUCACCAAAAACGUCUACCUCAGAAACUAAAAUUGUUUCACUGAACCACCCGAACAAAAACUCUCCCAACUUCCGCCUUUAGAAAUCAGAAUUGUUGUGAACCACAGCGGUUCAAUGUUUAAAGGAAUAGACUCAACCCACUUUAUUCAGCUAGCCAACUAUGACACCAUAGCUAACUAGCAAGCUAGCAUCCAAUAACAAUAACACACCGUUUAGCACCAACACUUGGUCACAACAAACCACCAAUAGUGUGAUAACACACUAAGCAGAUCAUUCGUGUCUGUGUCAAGUUCCUUUCAUGACGCAGCAAUGAUUAGACGUUGGCUAGCUAGGACAAGUAUAUUGUAUUUAGCUACUACCGUACAGUUAGCUGGUCGUGUUGGGUAGCUAGCAAUGGCCACUGUGUUGACUUUGUUAGAAGAACGGCUAGCUAGCUAGCUUCGUGCUACACCCGGCACACAAUGGCUAUUGUGUUGACUCUGACUCUGUUCGAAAAAACGGCUAGGUAGCUCGCUUCGUGCUACAGCCGGCACUGCCAAGACACAGUAACUACACACAACAACCCACGAUGCCUAGCUAUGACGCCGUAGCUAACUUGCAAGCUAGCAUCCAUUAACACACAAUUUAGCAUCAAUACUUGGUUACAACAAACUGCCAAGAGUGUGUUAGCACACUAAACAGAUAAUUCAAGUCCGUGUCUAGUUCCUUUCAUAACGCAUAACGCAGCAAAAAAUUUAACGUUGGCUAGCACUACAUUAACAUUGGAACCAGCUCUCCAGCGUUGCUAAUCGUUACCAGUAGCUACCCGCUAGCUAGCUAGCCUCGUGCUUCGAUACUAACCUACAAUUACCUACGGAAACCUACAAUAACAACAAUACUAACCUAUAAUAAAUACAAUACCUAACUACGGCUAACUACCUACCUACGAUCUAAUACAUGGUUAAGCAAAAAUUAAACGUUGGCUAGCACUACAUUAACAUUGGAACCAGCUCUCUAGCAUUGCUAAUCGUUACCAGUAGCUACCCGCUAGCUAGCUAGCCUCGUGCUUCGAUACUAACCUACAGUUACCUACGGAAACCUACAAUAACAACAAUACUAACCUAUAAUAAAUACAAUACCUAACUACGGCUAACUACCUACCUACGAUCUAAUACAUGGUUAAGCAAAAAAUUAAACGUUGGCUAGCACUACAUUAACAUUGGAACCAGCUCUCCAGCGUUGCUAAUCGUUACCAGUAGCUACCCGCUAGCUAGCUAGCCUCGUGCUUCGAUACUAACCUACAAUUACCUACGGAAACCUACAAUAACAACAAUACUAACCUAUAAUAAAUACAAUACCUAACUACAGCUAACUACCUACCUACGAUCUAAUACAUGGUUAAGCUUUACUCAACACCAUAUGAGAAGCUUACCUCCUGCUUACCUCCAGCUAGAGAAAAACACGACCUCUCCCGACAACCUCUCCAUCAUUCUACAUCAUGCUAAUGUAUUGGGUAUUUGGUUGUUUUAGUAUGUUCUGUGCUGAUUCAUGCUGUUAUUUUGCAGAGGGAUCCCCAUUCACAUGGUGGGUUGGCAGGGCCAAUGAGAGGCAUUAUUACUGGGGUGGUUCAGGACCAGGAAUCCAGAAGUGUGCCUGUGGAAUCGAGAGGAACUGCACUGACCCCAAGUAUUACUGCAACUGUGACGCUGACCAAACGCGGUGGUGAGUGACUCCACUAUGAACAACACUAGAGAUGAAAUGCUACAGUAUGGAAACGUAAGCUAGAUGUAGCGGGUGAUUUGGAUGGAGUCAGGUCAAGAGGGUAAAUCACAGAGUAAAUGGUUUAUUCGGCAGAUACAGCGGUACGCAGCAAUGCGUAAAACACUACAGUGUGGUAUAACGGCGCACUGGAGAAAAACAAAACACACGGGUGAAUAUCCCGGCGAUACAAUACAAUAAAGCUCCACCGAGCUAUCAUCACCUCUACAUGAAAACAAUCACACACAAAGACAUGGGGGGCAGAGGGAAUACUUAUAUAGGUACUGAUGAGGGGAUAUGAACCAGGUGUGUUUAAAAACAAGACAAAACAAAUGGAAUGAUUAGCUGAGGAGCGGCAGUGGCUGGAAGGCCGGUGACAACGAGUGCCGAAGCCUGCCCGAACAAGGAGAGGAAGCAGCUUCGGAGGAAGUCGUGACAGUACCUCCCUUUGACGCGCAGCUCCAGCAGCACGCAGACACCGGCCUCGGGGAUGGCCAGGAGGUCGCGGUGCAGGGCGAGCCGGAUGGCGACGGUGGAAAUCCCGCAACAGGGAGGAAUCGAGGACAUCUCUCACCGGGACCCAGCACCGCUCCUCCGGACCGUACCCCUCCCACUCCACGAGGUACUGAAGGCCCCCCACCCGACGCCUUGAAUCCAGGAUGGAACGGACAGAGUACGCCGGGGCCCCCUCGAUGUCCAUAGGGGGCGGAGGGACCUCCCGCACCUCAGAAUCCUGGAGCGGACCAGCCACCACUGGCCUGAGGAGAGACACGUGAAACGAGGGGUUAAUACGGUAAUCAGGAGAGAGUAGUAACCUAUACGUAACCUCGUUUACUCUCCUCAGGACUUUGAACGGCCCCUCAAACCACGGGCUCAGCAUCCGGCAGGGCAGGCGGAGGGGCAGGUUCCGGGUCGAGAGCCAGACCCGAUCACCCGGUACAAAGACCGGGGCCUCACGGCGUUGGCGGUCAGCGUUGGCCUUCUGGCGGCACACGGCGCGCUGGAGGUGGACGUGGGCAGCAUUCCACGUCUCCUCUGCGCGCCGAAACCAGUCAUCCACCGCAGGAGCUUUGGUCUGGCUCUGAUGCCACAGUGCCAGAACCGGCUGAUAACCUAAAACACAUUGAAAUGGAGAUAGGUUAGUGGAGGAGUGGCGGAGAGAGUUCUGGGCAUAUUCGGCCCAUGGCAAGAACACCGACCACUCCCCCGGCCGUAGGACCGCAGGAACCUACCCACAUCCUGAUUCACCCAUUCCACAUGCCCAUUGGAUUCGGGGUAAAACCCAGAGGUCAGGCUGACCGAGACCCCCAGAUGUUCCAUGAAUGCCUUCCAGACCCUGGACGUAAACUGGGGACCCCGGUCAGACGUGAGUAAACAGGGCUUCCGCAGUUUGCAGGGCCGUGGGGAGACCAGGCAGAGGAAGGAGGCGGCAGGCUUUAGAAAAGCAGUCCACAACGACCAGGAUGGUGGUGUUACCCUGAGAGAGGGGAAGAUCAGUUAGGAAGUCAAUUGAUAAGUGGGACCAUGACCGUUGUAGAACUGGUAAGGGAUGUAACUUACCCGCUGGAAGGUGCCUAGGUGCCUUACUCUGGGCGCACACCGAGCAGGAGGACACAUACACCCUCACGUCCUUAGCCAAGGAUAGGACAGCGCCUACCCCUACCUCGGACGCAUCCACCUCCACUACGAAUGACAAUGAUGGAUUGGGAUGGGCCAGUACCGGGGCUGAGGUGAACAGAGCCCUCAGGUUACUGAAAGCCCUGUCAGCCUCAGCAGACCAGCGGAGCCGGGACGGCCCACCCUUCAACAGAUAAACAAAUAGUAAUUGGCAAAGCCAAUGAAGCGCUGCACCUCCUUCACCGUGGUUGGAGUCGGCCAAUUACGCACGGCUGAAAUGCGGUCUCCCUCCAUCUCCACACCUGAAGUGGUGAUGUGGUAUCCGAGGAAGGAGACGGACUGUUGGAAGAACAGACACUUUUCUGCCUUGGCAUAUAGGUCAUGCUCCAACAGUCGGCCCAGCACUCUGUGAACCAGGGACACAUGCUCGGCGCGAGUAGCGGAAUACACCAUAAUGUCAUCGAUGUAGACCACCACACCGCGACCAAGCAUGUCCCAAAACACCUCGUUCACAAAGGACUGGAAGACUGAUGGAGCAUUCAUCAACCCGUACAGCAUCACCAGGUAUUCAUAAUGCCCCGUAGUUGUGCUAAAGACUGUCUUCCACUCGUCCCUUUCCCGGACACGCACCAGGUUGUACACACUCCUGAGAUCUAAUUUCCAGAAGAAGCGCGCCCCAUGCAUUGAUUCGAUAACAGAGUAGAUGAGGGGUAGAGGGUAACUGUAGCGAAUGGUAGUUUGAAUAAGUGUACAAUAAUCAAUGCAAGGGCGCAGACCUCCGUCUUUCUUCUUCACGAAAAAGAAACUCAAGGAGGCGGGCGAAGUGGAGGGACAUAUGAACCCCUGACGCAGGGACUCGGAGACGUAUGUCUCCAUAGCCUCCGUUUCAGCCUGCGACAGGGGAUAUACAUGACUCCUGGGAGGCACAGCGUCUAACCGGAGGUUUAUCGCGCAAUCCCCCGCCCAAUGGGGUGGUAAUUUGGUCGCCUGCAUUUUGGAAAACGUGUGCGCCAAGUCGAGGUAUUCGGGGGGAAUGCGCACGGUGGAGGUAGUGUCUGGACUUUCCACCGUGGUUGCACCAACAGAAACAGCUAGACACCUACCCUGCCACUCUCGCGACAAAUCCCGUGAGAACCCUCUGCAGCCAUGAAAAGGUGGGAUCGUGUAGUGCUAGCCAGGGAAGGCCCAACACAACAGGGAAAUCAGGGUACUCAAUAAUAUAAAAGGUGAUUUGCUCCCUAUGGGUCUCCUGCAUAAUCAUCGUGACUGGUGCUGUAACCUCCCUAACAAAACCUGACCCUAAUGGUCGACUGUCAAGUGCUUUGAUGGGCAAUGGAAUGGGUAGGGGAACCAAUGUAAUACAUAGACUAUUAGCUAAAGACCUGUCCAUAAAGUUCCCAGCUGCGCCUGAAUUGACCAGCGCCUUACACUGGGGAACUACCGUGUGAUCAGGGAAGUGGACGUGGAUGGUGAAAUGCGCAGCAGAGGGCUCUGAAUGAGUGUGGGUUUGCGCUACCUGGGGUGCCCUGCCUGCCGCCUCCAGACCCAGAAGAACUCUGACGACAGUGUGUAGCAAAAUGUCCUCUCUUUCCACAAGAGUGACCCUGGAUCUGUCGUCCUCCGUUCUCCCGGAUCGCUGCACCACCCAGCUCCAUCGGAACGUGAUCCGGGUUGAGGGGGGGUGAAACGGCAGGCCCCUUCCAGGACGUCCUCUCGAAGCCAGCAGGUUCUCCAACCGGAUGUCCACCAGUUGGUUGAAGGUCAACGUGGCAUACCGGCAGGCUAGCUCCCUUCGGACAUCCUCACGCAGACUGCAUCGGAAGUGGUCGAUGAGGGCCGCUCGUUCCACCCGGACCCUGCCGCUAGAGUUCUAAACUCCAGGGCAAAGUCUUGCGCCGUCCUCGUCCCCUGCCUCAGAUGGACAAGAUGCUCGCCCGCCUCUCUUCCUUCAGGGGGAUGAUCGAAGAUUGCCCGGAAGAGGCGAGUGAACUCCCCGUUGUCCAACGCGUCUCCUCCUUCACUCCAGACCGUGUUGGCCCACUCCAGGGCUUUCCCCGAGAGGCAGGAGACGAGGGCGGACACCUUCUCCCGAUCCAAUGGAGCCGGGCUGAUGGUGGAAAAAUAGAGGUCCAGCUGCAGGAGGAAACCCUGGCAGCGGGCCGCUGUCCCGUCGUAUUCCCUCGGUCGAGACAGGUGAAUACCUCUGGGCGCUGGGGUGUGGGUGGCUGGAUCCGGUCGCUCAGCUGGUUCAAUCGCUUCUCCCAAGCUGGCUAACAACUCCAGGUAUAUAGUCCGCUCCUGCUGACUCCAUGAUGUUGGGUGUGUGAUUCUGUAGCGGGUGAUUUGGACAGAGUCAGGCGCAGGAGGGUAAAUCACAGAAUAAAUGGUUUAUUUGGCAGAUACAGCAGUACGCAGCAAUGCGUAAAACACUACAGUGCGGUAUAACGGCGCACUGGAGAAAAACAAAAGACACGGGUGAAUAUCCCUGCGAUACAAUACAAUAAAGCUCCACCGAGCUAUCAUCACCUCUACAUGAAUACAAUCACACACAAAGACAUGGGGGGCAGAGCGAAUACUUAUACAGGUACUGAUGAGGGGAUAUGAACCAGGUGUGUGUAAAAACAAGUCAAAACAAAUGGAAUGAUGAGAUGAGGAGCGGCAGUGGCAAGAAGGCCAGUGACGACGAGUGCCGAAGCCUGCCCGAACAAGGAGAGGAGGCAGCUUCGGAGGAAGUCAUGACACUAGAUCUAGUUAUCCUGAAAUGUAUCAAGUAAUGCAUUGUAACAUUUUAUUUGUGCUACAAUCUUAUUGUUGUGCCUUUUGUAGUGAAAAUAUUCCUCUGUAUUUCAUAUAAUUUGGUGAUUUAUUUUUUCAGGAGAGAAGACGCUGGUCUCCUGGUGUAUAAAGACCAUUUGCCUGUGAGUCAGGUGGUAGUUGGUGACACCAACCGUGCUGGCUCUGAGGCUAAGUUGACUGUGGGUCCACUGCGUUGUCAAGGAGAUGGUGAGUUUGUUAUCAUUUCCAAACCUUAGAAUGCCAGUCAGUAAUGUAGACAGGAAACACACUGUGAGUUAUUCUUGUUUCCUGUCUGUUUCCCAGGUAACUACUGGAACGCAGCAUCCUUCAACAUGCCGGCAUCUUACCUGCACUUCCCUACCUUCCAAGGGGAGACCAGUGCUGACAUCUCUUUCUAUUUCAAGACUUCCUCCUCGUAUGGCGUCUUUCUGGAGAACCUUGGCAACGCUGACUUCAUUCGCCUGGAACUAAAAGGUGAGUGUACUACUACUCAGUAACAGGUCGAUAUACACUACCUGUAGACCUGUAUUAUGGAUGUGUGUGCAGUUCAGUAUCAAAGCUCUACCUCCACAUCUGCAAAAAAAAUUUACCAUUACAAUAUAUAAUGUAUAGAUGGAGGGAGUAUAAAUGCAGUGGUUUUGACAGUGUUAGUGAGGCUCAUUCACAGUAGAUAUCGACCUAGACUUUCCACUAAGACUUUCCUCUAAGUCAAAAAGGAUCAUGUCUAUCUUGCAGCCACAAAACAGGAAUCUCUUGUUCCUACUAAAAAACAAACCACCAGCCACUAAGCAAGUGUCACCUGCCAUGUUCCCUGAGAGCUACUGUAAAACACCAUUCAGUUCUUAGUAAAGCUCCACAGUCAGCUCUUGGGGACUGUAACAAGAUGGUAGAAUGAAUUUUGGGGCACCAGUAUGUGUGUGUACUGUAGAGUCAGAGAACAUUUUAGAAGACAAACCCUCCCAAGGUACCUCUAGGGCUCUCCAUAAAGGCUGCCAUUGAUCUCAUCGAUCGCAGGCCAUACUUCUGUCAUUUUGUCAUCAGAUAUUAAACUUUUGCGCUUUAGAAAUGGCUGGAAGUCAGUAUUAACUUAAAGUUCACCAGCACAGUGGGAACCCUGUUUGGAAAUGGUAUUGUUAGAUCAAAUUGGUUUCCAGUGACAUUUAAGCAUGAUUUUUGAGCUGGUGGGGGAGCAGUUUCCUUCCGCUGGGAAAGAUCAAUGGUCAGAAAUAUGUUUGAGCUGCUUCCAUCGCCUCAGGCCCCAUUUGUUAUUGUUUCUGACCCCUUUUCUCUGGCAGGUUUGAAGCUUUACUGAUGCCAUCUUUUGAUGCAAUGAGUUGACAGUAUUUGAGCAGGGUCCCGUGUAGCUCAGUUGGUAGAGCAUGGCGUUUGCAACGCCAGGGUUGUGGGUUCGAUUCCCACGGGGGGCCAGUAUGAAAAAUUUAUGCACUCACUAACUGUAAGUCGCUCUGAAUAAGAGUGUCUUCUAAAUUACUAAAAUGUAAAAUGUAAAUUAUUACAGUGAUUCAGUUGCUCUGUAGAAACAGUGUCUCUUCUUUGGAGACACAGACAGACAAUAUUCUGUAAAACAUUUCAUAUUUAAUAGUUUCCCCCCAUUUUAAUAUUCACAAGGUACAGUAUUAGUCUGCCAAGGGAAAUGGAUUUACUAAGCCCCUCGUAAGCUUUUGUAUUUUAAACACUUUUUCACUCAAAAAUGCAGGACUAUAGAGUACCUUUAUGCAUUUGAAUUUCUCUUUAGAGAUUGUUUUAAUGAGACUUGGCCCCCCUCCAAAAUGAUUCUCUGAGCUUCAGGGGGUUCUCUGCCAGUCCUGCAAGCCGAUCAUCUGCUCGGAACAGGUGGAUCUAUGAUUGACAGGGCUCCCCUAUGUCAUCUCCACAGCUUCGGUACAUGCUUUGAAUGGAGAACAAAUGUAAUCAGACAGCUCCCUUCAAUAUAGAUCUAUUGAGUUGGUUGGGAAAUCAAAUCAAAUAAUGAUUCUCCCAAUGAAAGGUGGUCCAGGAUGAGACCUCUGGUUAGUGGAAAGCGCUCAAUUACAAUCCCUGUGAAAUCUCAUUACUCGAUGGCAACUUGGAGUCUCUAUGAUUGAUGUGGAUUAAACAAUCAGAGAGGAUGUUGAGUGAUUACAGACAGGUUGUCGGUAUGUGGCGUAUCUCUCGGUGGAAUUGGACCCAACAGGGGGUAUGAUGACACUUGUCAGCAGUGUUUCAAUAAAGUAAAUUAUGAUUGACAGAGGGGAAAAUGAGCGAACUGUGCCGCUGUGAAGGGGAGAUCUAUCUCACUGCUGGUGCUGGAAUAUUUGUCUACCAUACGCAUUUAUAAGUGUCAUGGUCUGAUAGGUACUUGUCAAAAACACAUCUAGAAAAUUAUACAUUUUUCAGAGCUAUGAAUGCAAUAGUGUCAGUCUUUCAUGUUUCAAAUCAUCAUGAUUCCAGCAACAAUAUAUUUCAAAGUGUAAAUUGUAUGACAGCUUACUUCACAUUCAUGGGAAAAGUCAAUACUGUAUGUAAGCAGACCAAGGUUAGUAUUUUAAACUAAAACUAAUCAAUAAUAACCAAUUUAGUCAACCGAAAUCAAAUACUGUAAUUAACAAACCUGUUUGAAAAACUAAAACUAUGCUGAAACUAUUAUCUUUGACUCCAAAACUAAAUAAAAUAAAAUAAAAACCAUCAUGAAUUAUGUUCUGUUUUAUACUGAACAAAAAUAUGAACACAACAUGUAAGGUGUUGGUCCCGUGUUUCAUGAGUUGAAAUAAGAGAUCCCAGAAAUGUUCCAUACGCACAAAAAGCGUAUUUCUCUCAUAUUUUGUGCAAAAAUGUGUUUACAUCCCUGUUAGUGAGCAUUCUCAUUUGCCAAAAUAAUCCAUCCACCUGACAGGUGUGGCAUAUCAAGAAGCUGAUUAAACAGCAUGAUCAUUACACAGGUGCACCUUGUACAGGGGACAAUAAAAGGCCACUCUAAAAUGUGCAGUUUUGUCACACAACACAAUGCCACGUGUAAUUGGCAUGCUGACUGCAGGUUUUGUCCACCAGAGCUGUUGCCAGAGAAUUUAAAUAUGAAUUUCUCUACCAUAAGCCACCUCAAACGUCAUUUUAGAGAAUUUGGCAUUACGUCCAACCAGCCUCACAACCGCAGACCACGUGUAACCACGCCAGACCAGACCUCCACAUCCGGCUUCUUCACCUGCGAGAUCAUCUGAGACCAGCAACAUGGACAGCUGAUGAAACUGUGGGUUUGCACAACCGAAGAAUUUCUGCACAAACUGUCAGAAAUCGUCUCAGGGAAGCUCGUCUGCGUGCUCGUCGUCCUCACCAGGGUCUUGACCUGACUGCAGUUCGGCGUCGUAACUGACUUCAGUGGGCAAAUGCACACCUUCAAUGGCUACAGGCACGCUGGAGAAGUGUGCUCUUCACGGAUUAAUCCCCAGAUGGCAGACAGCGUGUAUUGUGUUCUGUGGGCGAGCAGUUUGCUGAUGUCAACAUUGUGAACAGAGUGCCCCAUGGUGGCGAGGGGUUUUUGGUAUGGGCAGGAAUAAGCUACGGACAACGAACACAAUUGCAUUUUAUUGAUAGCAAUUUGAAUGCACAGAGAUGCACAAAAGUUAAGAGAAAAAAGCUUUUUAUGCGUAUAGAAUAUAUAUAUAUAUAUAUAUAUAUAUAUAUUAUUUCAGCUCUCACUUUACAUGUUGCUUUUAUAUUUUAGUUCAGUGUAAAAUCUAGUUGUUGCAAGCCUAAAUUAGUUCAGAAUAAAAAUGUGGCUUAUCAAAUCACAUAAUAAGUUAUAUGGACUCACUCUGUGUGAAAUAAUAGGGGUUGACAUGUUUUUUAAAAGAAUACCCCUUCCUCUGUCCCCCAUACAUACAACAUAUGUAAGGUCCCUGAGUCAAGCACAGAUUCAACAAAGACCAGGGAGCUUUUUUUUUAAAAAAGGCAGUGAUUGGUAGAUGGGUAACAAUAACAAAUGAGACAUUGAAUAUAUUUUUAACCAUUGUCAAGUUAAUAAUUAUGUUGUGGAUGAUGUAUUAAACCUCCCAGACACAUCAAAGAGGCAGUCAUCCUUCUGAACUGAGUGGCAGGACAGGAAGGAAACUGCUUAGGGAUGUCACCAUGCCAUAGGUGAUUUUAAAACAGCUACAGAGUUCAAUGCCUGUGAUGGGAGAAAUGGAUGGAUCAACAACAUUGUAGUGACUCAAUAAUGACCGAAAUGACAGUGAAAAUAAUAAUAAAAAUAUACAGAAUAAAAAAUAUUACAAAACAUGCAUAUAUACAGUGGGGAAAAAAUGUAUUUAGUCAGCCACCAAUUGUGCAAGUUCUCCCACUUAAAAAGAUGAGAGAGGCCUGUAAUUUUCAUCAUAGGUACACAUCAACUAUGACAGACAAAAUGAGAAAAAAUAAUCCAGAAAAUCACAUUGUAGGAUUUUUAAUGAAUUUAUUUGCAAAUUAUGGUGGAAAAUAAGUAUUUGGUCACCUACAAACAAGCAAGAUUUCUGGCUCUCACAGACCUGUAACUUCUUCUUUAAAAGGCUCCUCUGUCCUCCACUUGUUACCUGUAUUAAUGGCACCUGUUUGAACUUGUUAUCAGUAUAAAAGACACCUGUCCACAACCUCAAACAGUCACACUGCAAACUCCACUAUGGCCAAGACCAAAGAGCUGUCAAAGGACACCAGAAACAAAAUUGUAGACCUACACCAGGCUGGGAAGACUGAAUCAGCAAUAGGUAAGCAGCUUGGUUUGAAAAAAUCAACUGUGGGAGCAAUUAUUAGGAAAUGGAAGACAUACAAGACCACUGAUAAUCUCCCUCGAUCUGGGGCUCCACGCAAGAUCUCACCCUGUGGGGUCAAAAUUAUCACAAGAACGGUGAGCAAAAAUCCCAGAAUCACACGGGGGGACCUAGGGAAUGACCUGCAGAGAGCUGGGACCAAAGUAACAAAGCCUACCAUCAGUAACACACUACGCCGCCAGGGACUCAAAUCAUGCAGUGCUAGACGUGUCCCCCUGCUUAAGCCAGUACAUGUCCAGGCCCGUCUGAAGUUUGCUAGAGUGCAUUUGGAUGAUCCAGAAGAGGAUUGGGAGAAUGUCAUAUGGUCAGAUGAAACCAAAAUAGAACUUUUUGGUAAAAACUCAACUCGUCGUGUUUGGAGGACAAAGAAUGCUGAGUUGCAUCCAAAGAACAUCAUACCUACUGUGAAGCAUGGGGGUGGAAACAUCAUGCUUUGGGGCUGUUUUUCUGCAAAGGGACCAGGACGACUGAUCCGUGUAAAGGAAAGAAUGAAUGGGGCCAUGUAUUGUGAGAUUUUGAGUGAAAACCUCCUUCCAUCAGCAAGGGUAUUGAAGAUGAAACGUGGCUGGGUCUUUCAGCAUGACAAUGAUCCCAAACACACCGCCCGGGCAACGAAGGAGUGGCUUCGUCAGAAGCAUUUCAAGGUCCUGGAGUGGCCCAGCCAGUCUCCAGAUCUCAACCCCAUAGAAAAUCUUUGGAGGGAGUUGAAAGUCCGUGUUGCCCAGCGACAGCCCCAAAACAUCACUGCUCUAGAGGAGAUCUGCAUGGAGGAAUGGGCCAAAAUACCAGCAACAGUGUGUGAAAACCUUGUGAAGACUUACAGAAAACAUUUGACAUGUGUCAUUGCCAACAAAGGGUAUAUAACAAAGUAUUGAGAAACUUUUGUUGUUGACCAAAUACUUAUUUUCCACCAUAAUUUGCAAAUAAAUUCAUUAAAAAUCCUACAAUGUGAUUUUCUGGAUUUUUUUUCUUCUAAUUUUGUCUGUCAUAGUUGACGUGUACCUAUGAUGAAAAUUACAGGCCUCUCUCAUCUUUUUAAGUGGGAGAACUUGCACAAUUGGUGGCUGACUAAAUACUUUUUUUCCCCACUGUAUGUAUGCAGCAAGGCACUAAAGUAAAACUGCAACAACAAAAAAACAUUGCAAAGCAUACACUUUUUGGCCUAAAUGCAAAGCGUUAUGUUUGGGGCAAAUCCAACAAAACACAUCAGAGUUACUGCCUCCUUAUUUUCAAGCAUGGUGGUGGCUGCAUCAUGGUAUGGGUAUGCUUGACAUUGGCAAAGACUGGGGAGUUUUUAAGGAUGAAAUUAAUGUGAUGGAGCUAAGCACAGGCAAAAUCCUAUAGGAAACCUGCUUCAGUCUGCUUUACACCAGACACUGAGAGAAGAAUUCACCUUUCAGCAGGACAAUAACCUACGAAACAAAGCCAAAUCUACACUGGAGUUGCUUACCAAGAAGACAGUGAAUGGUCCUGAGUGGCCAAGUUACGUUUUUGACUUAAAUCUGCUUGAAAAUCUAUGGCAAGACUUGAAAAUUGCUGUCAAGCCAUGAUCACCAACAUCUUGACAGAGCUUGAAAUAUGUUGAAAGAAUAAUGGACAAUACAGGUGUAUAAAAACUCUUAUGAAAUUACCCAAGAAGAUUCACAGCUGUAAUCGCUAACAAAGGUGUUUCUAACAUGUAUUGACUCAGGGGGGUGAAUACUUAUCUAAUCAAGGUAUAUUAGUGUUUUAUUUUUUAUUAACCUUUAAAAAAUUGAAUUUUUCUUCCACUUUUGACAUUACAUAUUAUUUUGUGCAGAUCGUUGACAAAAAAUGACAGUUAAAUCAAUUUUAAUCCCACUUUGUAACAUAAUAAAAUGUGAAGAAAUUCAAAGGAGGUGUAGACUUUGUAUAGGCACUUAAAUAAAUGACUACAAAAAUAAAUGACUACAAAAAUAAAUGACUUCAAACAUGAUACAUUAUCGGUCAUGUAGAGACUCCAUGUCUUUCACAUGCAUAUGACAAACAAACCUGACGAGAGCAUUGCAACCAACGUCUAAUGGGUAUAACUUAACGUGUACUGGGUCGUUCAAUGAAAGGAGUCUUUUUGCAUCCUUUUGAUAUGUUAAGUAUAGAUUAUACACCAAUAUUGAAUUUUUAUAUAGACCACAUGGAUAAUUCAAUAAAUCUGAUUUUCAAUAUGAAUAAGCACUUGCUAAAGUGCCCAAAUUCACAAGCUUUUCACACACUGUUGCUGGUAUUUUGGCCCAUUCCUCCAUGCAGAUCUCCUCUAGAGCAGUGAUGUUUUGGGGCUGUCGCUGGGCAACACGGACUUUCAACUCCCUCCAAAGAUUUUCUAUGGGGUUGAGAUCUGGAGACUGGCUAGGCCACUCCAGGACCUUGAAAUGCUUCUUACGAAGCCUCUCCUUUGUUGCCCGGGCAGUGUGUUUGGGAUCAUUGUCAUGCCGAAAGACCCAGCCACGUUUCAUCUUCAAUGCCCUUGCUGAUGGAAGGAGGUUUUCACUCAAAAUCUCACGAUACAUGGCCCCAUUCAUUCUUUCCUUUACACGGAUCAGUCGUCCUGGUCCCUUUGCAGAAAAACAGCCCCAAAGCAUGAUGUUUCCACCCCCAUGCUUCACAGUAGGUAUGGUGUUCUUUGGAUGCAACUCAGCAUUCUUUGUCCUCCAAACACGACGAGUUGAGUUUUUACCAAAAAGUUAUAUUUUGGUUUCAUCUGACCAUAUGACAUUCUCCCAAUCCUCUUCUGGAUCAUCCAAAUGCACUCUAGCAAACUUCAGACGGACCUGGACAUGUACUGGCUUAAGCAGGGGGACACGUCUGCACUGCAGGAUUUGAGUCCCUGGCGGCGUAGUGUGUUACUGAUGGUAGGCUUUGUUACUUUGGUCCCAGCUCUCUGCAGGUCAUUCACUAGGUCCCCCCGUGUGGUUCUGGGAUUUUUGCUCACCGUUCUGGUGAUCAUUUUGAUCCCACGGGGUGAGAUCUUGCGUGGAGCCCCAGAACGAGGGAGAUUAUCAGUGGUCUUGUAUGUCUUCCAUUUCCUAAUAAUUGCUCCCACAGUUGAUUUCUUCAAACCAAGCUGCUUACCUAUUGCAGAUUCAGUCUUCCCAGCCUGGUGCAGGUCUACAAUUUUGUUUCUGGUGUCAUUUGACAGCUCUUUGGUCUUGGCCAUAGUGGAGUUUGGAGUGUGACUGUUUGAGGUUGUGGGCAGGUGUCUUUUAUACUGAUAACAAGUUCAAACAGGUGCCAUUAAUACAGGUAACGAGUGGAGGACAGAGGAGCCUCUUAAAGAAGGACAGAGGAGCCAGAAAUCUUGCUUGUUUGUAGGUGACCAAAUACUUAUUUUCUACCAUAAUUUGCAAAUAAAUUCAUUAAAAAUCCUACAAUGUGAUUUUCUGGAUAUUUUUUCUCAAUUUGUCUGUCAUAGUUGACGUUUACCUAUGAUGAAAAUUACAGGCCUCUCUCAUCUUUUUAAGUGGGAGAACUUGCACAAUUGGUGGCUGACUAAAUACAUUUCUUCCCCACUGUAUUGUGGAGCAUUGUACGAUGUAUAGUUUUUGUUUUAAAAUAAAAUAAAAGAAUAAAAUAAAAGAAUAAUGCAUAAAUUAUUUUCAUGAUUUAAUUAAGUUGAAUAGUUUUUUUUUAAAACCUCUUGAUAUGGGAAAACAGGUUUUUUUUUAAUGAAGAAUGCUAAAAUUAGGUGAAAUCAACAAAAAAUACUCACCAUCACAAUUUUAAAUUAUGUCACUGCCAAAGUUUUGUCAUGGUGGCCCAAAAAAUGAUAUUCAUUGAUCAAUACAUAGUCAUUAAAGAAGCCGAAUUAGGAACCACUUUGUGUGGACUAGAUGUCAUAGCCAUGCAUUUCUGGAAUAUUGUCAGGCAUUACAUGCAAAUGUAUCUAUAUGUAUUUGUAAUAUAUUUUACGUGAUGUUAAAUAUAUUGAAAUGUUUUUCUUUUCCAUAUUGGUGAUAUAAACAAAAACCUUAAACUAAAUAAAAACUAGUAAAGUAGAUCUGAAAACUAACUGAAACUAAAUUGAAUUUCAAAUUAAAAAUCGUGGUCCUCUGUAGCUCAAUUGGUAGAGCAUGGUGCUUGUAACGCCAGGGUAGUGGGUUCGAUCCCCGGGACCACCCAUACGUAAAAAUGAAUGCACACAUGACUGUAAGUCGCUUUGGAUAAAAGCGUCAGCUAAAUGGCAUAUUAUUAUAUUAUUAUUAUAUUAUAAAUAAAAACGAAUAUAAAAACACAAAACUAUAAUAACCUUGAAGUGGACGUUCAGUUUCCCUAAAAAUGCUUGUUAGCUUUUCAACCACUCCUAAACAGACGAAGGUCUCUCAAAUCUCCUGUACGUAUAGCCCCAGCCUAAUUUUUGUUUCAAAAACUACCUCCUUGACAGAUUUACACCUCCUAAUUCAGCUGUUUCUCACCGAAAGCGUACUUAUCCCCACUGGUUCAUAAGGCAGAGACAAGACCUCUCCACUUCUGAAGAUCCAAAGCCUGUUUGGCAGCCUCACCCAAAACCUUAUCUGAUGCCUUGCCCUCUUUCCUCUCCUGCCCAGCUGCCACGGUGGUGUCCUUUUCCUUUGAUGUGGGCAACGGUCUGGUGGAGCUGAGUGUGAGGUCAUCCACUCCUCUAAAUGAUGACCAGUGGCACAGGGUGGUGGCUGAGCGCAACGUGAAGGAGGCUGUGCUGCAGCUGGAUGGGCAGUACAAGGAGGUUCGCCCUGCGCCCCCACAGGGUCACACUCGCCUGGAGCUUUACAGCCAACUCUAUGUGGGUAAGACAUCCUUCCUACCUGCCUCCCACCACAUAGGGUAAUGAUGAUCAGGUUUAUAUGUCUAUGUUUGUAAGACAACUGGUGCUCAGCUCGUGGUGUUUGGACCUGACUUAUAUAGGCCCACACAGUUUACACAUUACACACAGCAACAAUGUCAAAAGCAUUAGGAUAUCAAGUCAACAACUAACAAGUAAAAAAAACUUGAGUUGACCAGUUUUUUUUAUCAGAAGUGUACUUUGGUUUAUAACAACAAAGCAGUUGUUGUAAACCAAAAUGUCUAAUAAGACUUUUUGUUUUAAACGUUAUCCUUCAGGUGCAUCGGGUGGCCAGAGAGGCUUCCUAGGAUGUAUCCGUUCCUUGAAGAUGAAUGGUGUGACCCUUGACCUGGAGGAGAGGGCAAAGGUCACCCCGGGGGUGAAGCCUGGCUGCUCUGGCCACUGCACCAGCUAUGGGCAGCACUGCAGAAACGGUGGCCAGUGCAUGGAAAAAUACAACGGUUACUCAUGCGACUGCACCUUGACUGCGUAUGACGGGCCCUUCUGCACUGAAGGUAAAAUACAGUGACAGUCAUGUGAGAGAAUGGUAACUCUAAAUGUGUCCGUUUUAUUUCAACUUCACACUGUUACAACUUUAACUUUACCCUGUGCUUUAGAGUGGCUAAUAUCGAUUCGCUUGUCAGUUUCUUAAACGUCUGCUGAUGUUUUGUAUUUCUGCCUUGUGUCUCCUGUGUGUAUCAGACGUGGGCGGCUACUUCGAGAGCGGAACACUAGUUCGUUACGACUUCCUUCCCAAGGGCGGCCUUCCAGCCAUCAGGGAUGUGAAGAGCCUGUCUCCCCUACUGCCCACAGAGGGCAACCUGACCCAGGAGGAGCUGGGGUUCAGCUUCAGCACCUCCAACGCCCCCAGCAUCCUGGUGUACAUCAGCUCCAGGACCCAGGACUACCUGGCUGUGGUGCUCAGACACAAUGGUAAGAGGGAAAAUGCUCAAAGGGUUUAAAAUGCUUGAGAGAAUGUGAGAGCAACCCUGGCCAUCCGUUUAAAGGGCUUGAAACGCUUGGACGAUGAAGUUAAUGGUUUAGUCAGCAAAGAACCGCGGAAUGUACUGUACAUUAGCUCAAUAGCUAAUUAAAUGGUGCAACACACAGGUUGGGCAUGGUCCGAGACAGAUGCAUGAAUAACUGAAACAGCAGAAAGAGAGAGUGAUGGUCAAUUUAGUAUUUUUGCAAUGUAAAGCUUAAUUUAAAAUACAGUGAGGGAAAAAAGUAUUUGAUCCCCUGCUGAUUUUGUACGUUUGCCCACUGACAAAGACAUGAUCAGUCUAUAAUUUUAAUGGUAGGUUUAUUUGAACAGUGAGAGACAGAAUAACAACAAAAAAAUCCAGAAAAACGCAUGUCAAAAAUGUUAUAAAUUGAUUUGCAUUUUAAUGAGGGAAAUAAGUAUUUGACCCCUCUGAAAAACAUGACUUAGUACUUGGUGGCAAAACCCUUGUUGCCUAUCACAGAGGUCAGACAUUUCUUGUAGUUGGCCACCAGGUUUGCACACAUCUCAGGAGGGAUUUUGUCCCACUCCUCUUUGCAGAUCUUCUUCAAGUCAUUAAGGUUUUGAGCCUGACGUUUGGCAACUCGAACCUUCAGCUCCCUCCACAGAUUUUCUAUGAGAUUAAGGUCUGGAGACUGGCUAGGCCACUCCAGGACCUUAAUAUGCUUCUUCUUGAGCCACUCCUUUGUUGCCUUGGCCGUGUGUUUUGGGUCAAUGUCAUUCUGGAAUACCCAUCCACGACCCAUUUUCAAUGCCCUGGCUGAGGGAAGGAGGUUCUCACCCAAGAUUUGACGGUACAUGGCCCCGUCCAUCGUCCCUUUGAUGCGGUGAAGUUGUCCUGUCCCCUUAGCAGAAAAACACCCCUAAAGCAUAAUGUUUCCACCUCCAUGUUUGACGGUGGGGAUGGUGUUCUUGGGGUCAUAGGCAGCAUUCCUCCUCCUCCAAACACGGCGAGUUGAGUUGAUGCCAAAGAGCUCGAUUUUUGUCUCAUCUGACCACAACACUUUCACCCAGUUCUCCUCUGAAUCAUUCAGAUGUUCAUUGGCAAACUUCAGACGGGCCUGUAUAUGUGCUUUCUUGAGCAGGGGGACCUUGCGGGCGCUGCAGGAUUUCAGUCCUUCACAGCGUAGUGUGUUACCAAUUGUUUUCUUGGUGACUAUGGUCCCAGCUGCCUUGAGAUCAUUGACAAGAUCCUCCCGUGUAGUUCUGGGUUGAUUCCUGAUCAUUGAAACUCCACGAGGUGGGAUCUUGCAUGGAGCCCCAGGCCGAGGGAGAUUGACAGUUCUUUUGUGUUUCUUCCAUUUACGAAUAAUCGCACCAACUGUUGUCACCUUCUCACCAAGCUGCUUGGCGAUGGUCUUGUAGCCCAUUCCAGCCUUGUGUAGGUCUACAAUCUUGUCCCUGACAUCCUUGGAGAGCUCUUUGGUCUUGGCCAUGGUGGAGAGUUUGGAAUCUGAUUGAUUGAUUGCUUCUGUGGACAGGUGUCUUUUAUACAGGUAACCAGCUGAGAUUAGGAGCACUCCCUUUAAGAGUGUGCUCCUAAUCUCAGCUCGUUACCUGUAUAAAAGACUCCUGGGAGCCAGAAAUCUUUCUGAUCGAGAGGGGGUCAAAUACUUAUUUCCCUCAUUAAAAUGCAAAUCAAUUUAUAACAUUUUUGACAUGCAUUUUUCUGGAUUUCUUUGUUGUUAUUCUGUCUCUCACUGUUCAAAUAAACCUACCAUUAAAAUUAUAGACUGAUCAUUUCUUUGUCAGUGGGAAAACGUACAAAAUCAGCAGGGGAUCAAAUACUUUUUUCCCUCACUGUACAAUUGCCACUUGAGUUUGAUACUCUAACCAUGUUACAAAGCCUGUGAGAUAAUGGGCGGACAACCAUAUGAAUAAGAUUAAGACACAUUAGGACUGACUGGCCAUUCCAUCUCCCUCUGUCAGGGACACUCCAGAUCCGCUACAGCCUGGGAGGCCUGAGGGAGCCGUUCACCAUCGACCUGGACCACCGCAACAUGGCCAACGGGCAGCCCCACCACAUCAACAUCUCCAGGCAGGAGAGGAACAUACGGCUGCAGGUGAUAAUAAUGAUGACGUUGCAUUAUCUAUCUAUGGAGCACUUUUCAGCUGCAGUUCCAGUAUGAUCCUAGGGGGAUCUAUCACACAGUGGGAGUCAUGAAAUUCAACAAAAUAUGGAUUUUCUUUUCCCUCUCAGACUACAUUAGGCUGCAGGUAAAAAUCAUAACAAUGAUGUAGCUUUAUCAUUUUCAUCAAGCAGUUGAAAGGUAGGACUCUAAUGCUCCGCUUGAGUCCCAGGGAGGGCACCACUCUCAGUGAGAGAUUUGAUGAUGUCAUUCAAUCCAACAGUCCUCUCAGACUAAAUUAGGCUGUUUGAUAGGUACAUAGACUAUAGAUAUAGCACUUUUCAUAAAGCAGUUCAAAGGUAGAACUCUAGUGCUCUGCUAUCAGGAAGGGAGGACACCAUUCUCAGUGAGAGGGAUUUGCUGAUGCCAUUAAAUCCAACAGAAGACAUAUUUGUUCUGUGUCCUCUCAGACUGCAUUAGGCUAUUUGCAACACACCUGACCCACCUUUCCUGUGCAAAUGGUUUAUAGUGCAUUAUGCUUUUUAGCACCUUUUUUUUUCUGUUUGUUUAUCUGAUUUCGCUAAUGCACGAUAAGCUGCUAGCAUCAGCUAGGAUUUCCAGGAAUAUGCUGUUUCAAAUUCACCACUAGGGAGUAGUAAUUAACAAUAAUAAAAAUGCUGGCUGUUGGGUUUAUAACUGACUGCAAUAUAUCAUGAUUCAUGACCAUAUCAUUAUGUUAUUUUCCAGUUGGACCAUUACCCCCCAGUCAGCUACACUCUACCUGAUGGCUCUGACACCCAGUUCAACCUGGUCAAAACUAUAUUCCUGGGGAAAGUAUUUGGUAAGUGCAGAUAUAAUCCAUGUAUUACUACUGGAGUGUAAAUAUAAGGAAUGCUGUCUAUCAUGCAUGGAAUCAAUGUAUUAUUUACACGGAAGUCAGAGUUACUUGCAUUGAUCUCUUUGAAUUUGGCCCUAAGUGAUUUUAGGACUUUGGUUCUGUGUGUUUCUGAUAAAACACAAAACCAGAAUUAUUGUUGCCAAUCCAUGGCUGAGUGAUUCUUGUUUAGUACUGGUUUAGUCUAGGUGUAUUAAUAUAUGGAAAGAGGGCAUCAAUAUAGCUGGUAAUGGUGAUGUUGCCUUGACAGAAAAAUCGUGCUUUCUUGAUAUAAAGACAUGUACAUCCAUUUUAGUGCCCAAAUUGAGCAAUGUUACAAUAGGCCUUGUCCAGGCCUUUCCUUUGUCUUUGUCUGACUGACAGUGGCGACCUGUCAUUCAGGGCAGGGGAGGCAUGUUAUUUUGGCAUUAAUAAGUGUCACAUAUCAGAUUUACAUUAGAAGUGCCCAUGUAAGAAGGCUCAAGGUCAUUGGCCACAGAUAAAAUGACGUCAAAUCAUGUUAUAUCUACCGUAGCUUUGAUUGGACUGAUCAUGUCAACAUCAUACUUUCAAAAUCUUAGCUAGCAAGCUAGAGAAGCAGUCAUCAUCAUGAAUUACGUCAACAAUCUACCGGCAAAUCCUUUUCAAUCCUUGUCAUAUGAAGAUAAAUUAUAGAUAAAACGUAUCGGUGCUCAUCGGCCAUUGGACAUAAACAUUACACAACAAGUUGGAAAUCGCAAAUUCAACAAUGAGUGGUUUGGAACGAAUCAGUUGCUAACUGCAAGCCUUGCAAAGCAAUCACUAUUUUUCUUCCCUUGCCUGCUAUUCGGUGGAGAGGGUGUGUGGUCCAAGUCUGGGUUUAAAGGUACUUUUCCAAGCUUAAAAGGAUAAACAUUCUCACGCAACACCAUGGGCCAGAAAAGGUUGAAUACAUUGGCCAUGCUGUCAACCCAGCAUAACUUCUGCCGCGUUCAAGACAACUGGGAGCUCCAACUGGGAAAAUACGUUUUGAACGGUCAUCCAACUCAGAAUUCCAAGUCGGGAACUCAGGCCUCUUUCUAGAGCUCUGACCUAAAGAUCACUGACGUCAUGAUUCAACCUUGUUUUUUUACGAGUUCCCAGUUGUCGUGAAAGCACCAUAAAUCCAGAGAAUGCCAGACUUUGAUGACAAAGUUUCAUGACACAAUUUGCCCACAAGAAGGACCGCCGCGCCACCUUCCUGUUCAAGUGAGCACAGCACAACAACGGGGAGGCCAAAAAUGUAUUGUAUGCUGCUGCAUAAAUGAUGUAAUAUGACAGGGAGAUAUGUAGCUAAGAAAGUAAUACUAAGUUUAUGUUGUGUAGUAAGCUGUUAGUAACCCAUGUGCCUCACCCUAAUAAUUUGGUCCCUUUCCCCCUCAUAACUUAGCCAACUGUUCUGACUUGGUGGUGCACAUGUAGCCUAUAGCCUGUUUUAGAGAAAUUUAAUAAUUGAAUAUUGUAAGAGCUUUCAUUGUCUGCUUAUAUGCCCCCUUUAUUUAUCCUACAGUUCCAACUUGGUGUACAGGGAGAAUACUGUAAGAACGGCCCAUGUUCUGAAUUCUGUCGUUGUACAUUUCAAAAGUGCUGAACAAAUAGUUAUAUUGACUACGUCCAUCUCAGCUCGCUCAUUAAUGUCUUAAUCAAAAUUACGGAUUGCCUUUUAUCCGCUCGUCAUCCCCUUAUUCCGUAGUUUGUACAUCUCAAUUGUCAGUAGAAACCACAUUUGUUUAAGCAAGUCAGCCAUAUCAGCUAUGUUUUUUUAAAAGGCAGUAAAUUAACUGUUUCGCUGCCAGACAAGGCUCUCCUGAUAGCCAGGUGUAGCAGUGGUAAUGAUUCACUCCAUGGUGCUGAAAAGAAAGCUCUGCUGUUGGGACAGCUUUAUGUAUGCCCUAACAGUUUGCGGGCACCAUUUGGCACCGUUAUAUAGUGCAAUUAAUGUAUUGUUUAGUGUAGUGUUGUGUUGUGUAGUGGCUUUGAUGGCAUGCAUAAAAAAUAAAAAUAAAAGAGUUUGCCCCUGCUAGAUGUACAUGCUAAAAUCGCCACUGCUGACUGAUAUAGUACACCUACACAAUUCAGAUAAACGCAAUGUAAAAAAGUCUGGAUCAUAGGGCCAUCAGGAACCAUACCACUGCAGCACACAACAUGUCAGUAUAGAGGAGGGGUAGAAUAGAAAACAGAAUCAAGUGAUGUGCGCAUGGCAUGGUGUGUUUGAUUUCCGCUAAGGGAGGGAGCAGCACCGUGAUAGCAGGAGUCAGACACCAGUACACUGGUCCUGUUCUGAGAACAGUAGAAUGCCCCAUUGUGUCUGGCUGGUAAAACCUUACAACUUCCCAGAGUGCUUUGCUGAUGCACUCGAUUAAUAAAUUAACAACAAUCUCUGACAUCAUCCUCAGGGAGGGAGGGAGCACAAUCCCCAUCCUGUAAUCCUUUACUCACAUCCAGGUUUUCUCCGAGCCGCCUCCGUCUGUGAAUGUAUCCAUGACAUCAUCUUGGAUCUCCAUGGUUUCCCUGCCUGGUCUGGCUGUAAGGAAGAGAAGAGAAGGAAGGGAAAGGAGCUGGGCUGAAUCACUUAGUGUGCAUUCACAUUCAGAGCUCGCUGACUAACCAAGGCUGCAGGCACAUAGACACCCUGGCAGAUUUACAGAUAGGCUGACAGACAGACAGGUAUACACACAGGAAGACAGAUAGACAGAGAGAUAGACGUAUUGGCAGGAAGAUAAACAGACUACUAGCAGGCAGGAAGGCAGAUACAGAGUCAAAUGUAUCUGGUGACAGACAGACAUACAGACAGACAGACAGACAUACAGGCAGACAGACAAGCAACUCUCAUAGACAGGCAUACAGCGGGCAGUGGUAGCACUGUAGAAGGCAAGGACUUGUGCUCUGGAUAGAGGGGCUGCACCGUGGGGGCAGACUCAGAGUUAGCGCUACUACAUUCAGGGAGGACAACAGGGAAACCAGGUAAUACUCUUCUGUAUUUGAGGUGGCAUAGUGUUUUCAACAACCUACCUGUAACUACACUGUAAAUAUGUAGGUAUUGGGGACACUUAUCGUAAACCUUGACCUUGUUGCAACUCUUUGUUUCAGAUUAUUUAUAUUUUUCGUCAUUUCCUUUUCAUGCAAAGUAGGCGGUUUGGCCGGGGUAGGCCGUCAUUGUAAAUAAGAAUUUGUUCUUAACUGACUUGCCUACUUAAAUAAAGGAUAAAUACAAAUAAAAAAGGCCUAUGUUGUUUUUAACAAACAUUGUCACUGUAGCUCUCUGACUGGCCUAAGAUGGUGAAUUAUUUUUCUGUAGAUGUUGCGAUGUGUUUUCUGAAAAGUAAAGAUCAUGCAUGGCCUAAUGUUCCAAACAGGAUGUGUUUGUCUUUUCAACCUGGGGGCAUAUGAAACAUCCUUCUUACAUAUAACUGUGAAAUUACUCUUCUUUAUCUGCCUUGUAGAAUAACAUAUUGCAAUAGAAUUGGAUACUUUGGAAUAUAACAUAUCUGCAGUAGAAGUCUCUACAGUAGUUGCCUGUCUGUAAUGUAAGGGGAAGCUAGGGACAGGGAAUACAGUAUCACCAACCAGAGACUAGGUUCCCGUGAACAUAAAUCAAACUGGGGAGGCUAACAGUAUUGCAAUGUGUUGAGUAGUAGUGCAUCAUGGUUGUAGACCAGUAUUAAGUGGUCAGGCAGUAUCAGUCAGCAGCUCUACACAAGCAGAAGAUGAUGAAGCGCAACUGUAUAUUUCACACAAGACAGGUUGACAGGAAUACCAUGAGGAAGAACUCCUAUCUAAUCUAGAAGUGCUGUAAUGUUUUUUAUUUUGUAUUUGUUUUAAUCAGAAACUGGCCAGAUUGACCCGGUUCUCAUAGAGAAGUACAACACCCCAGGGUUCGUGGGCUGUCUGUCCAGAGUUCAGUUCAACAACAUCGCCCCUCUGAAGGCAGCACUGAGGUCUGGCAUCGUCGCCCCGGUGACCACCGAGGGCAUUCUAGUGGAGUCCAACUGUGGGGCGUCUCCUCUCACCAUCUCACCCAUGGCUGCUGCCAACGACCCCUGGCACAUGGACUCAGGUACAGUAAAUCACUGUGUCUCAAUCUAUCCCCUUUGAUUGUCCAACCAAUGGAACUAUUUAUUCAUAUCAUGGGAUUUUAUUCUAUUCUAUUCUAUUGAAUUAUUUUGUUUUUUUAUUUACGUCUUGAUACCAUCAAUACUGCGUUUUUAAAGUAGUCCUUUACAGUAGAUAGAUUGUCAGUGGUCAACUAGCAGCACCAGCGGUCCACUCAGUCCUCCAAAGAGAUUUGACAUUUAAUUAAAACUUCAAGCCAUGAUAUUUAAUAGUGGUAUUUUUCUUCUCCAGCUAUUGAACCAUUUAAACCCAUGUGCUGUGCUGUUUAGCUCCUGUGGAUAGGUCUACAGGAUGGUUAUCACUGGGUCAGUGUAUUGAUCCUGGGUGUGUUCUCUGGACACAAAGGAAUGAGCUUUCCAGAUACAUGAGAUAUAUUGCUGCCCACCCACUCACCCUCUCUUCUCUUAAUCUCUCCAUUACUGGAAACACAAGAUCUAUCUCAUGCCUACUCUGGGAAUGGUCUGCUCUGUACAAGGGUAUGAAAUGUUAUCCCUCAGGGACUCUAAGUGACUAUGUUGUAUGUUUAACCUAUGGAGGCAUAUAAGGUUUCAAUAGGUCAGAUAAAUUGUUUUAGUGGUACUGCUUUAGUAAGGAUUAAUAUAAACCAUUUCAGUUGUCCCACAGCUAGGCCUAAUGGGAGUAGUAGGUUGAUAUUUUCACUUAUAGAUUGUUACACUACUGAUAUUGUAUGAAAACAAAUAUGUAUGCACUCACUAACUGUAAGUCGCUCUGGAUAAGAGCGUCUGCUAAAUGACUAAAAUGUAAAUGUAAAUAUUCUGACUUUUACUAAGAGAGCUUUGGAUGAAAAACAUGAGAA